UACCACAUACUUCGGCGAUUCAGUUACCACCAAGGCGAGUUCGAGAGUGAAUAUCGAAAAGAACAACAAAUACUAUACCACUGUCGUACGCAUACUUAGCGAAAGAUAUUUUCGGAAAUUACAUAUAUACACAUACAGAAAGCGUGGAUAGCCUGUGCGAAACAACUCUGAUCGCGGGUGUCAAUUAAUACUAUUAAUUUAAACCUGUAUCGCGUGCGUUUUCCGCUUAGGUUUUCACCGUUUUCCGUUCGACCGUCUUUUUUGUUUUAAUUUUUUUCAAUUCGUUUAACGCGUGUGGAAUCGCCGGGACAUAAGAGCCAGUGAAGGAUUUUGGUACCGACCGACGGCCAACCGUCCUGCCGGGGCGCGAGGAGACUUGUGCGUCAGUCAUGAACCAACAACAACAGCAAAAACAGAUUACCACCACCACCACCUCCUCGAUGUCCACGGGACAGAGGAGCGUGAACCGUACCGAACAACAGGUCACGAGACAAUUCACGCAGACCACACAGAGACAAGUUCACGAAGGGUUUAUUGUACAGCAGUCUACUCCAAAAUUUGGAAAUGACGCUGCUCCGCCAGUGUUUGAACAGAUAUUCAAAAACGCCAGAUUCGCCCAAGGCGGAAAUGCCGUUUUUGAAGGAAAGGUUACCGGUAUUCCAAAACCUUUUGUCUCAUGGACCAGGAAAGGCGCUCCACUAUUGGAGUCAUACAAAUACAAGAUGACGUAUGAUCAACAAACAGGGAAUGUUGUUCUUACGAUCAAUCAGAUCGGUCCAGGAGAUGAAGGUGAAUACACGUGUUCGGCGCGCAAUCAAUACGGCGAAGCAAUUUGUUCUGUUUUUAUUCAACCAGAAGGUCAUACCGUUCAAAUACCUCAAGGCACGUAUGGUUCACAACGAGUACAACAGACACAGAAUACGCUGUAUACAAAUAAUUAUUCGAACAUCGAUGAAGAUUUCAAAGUCGAUACUUUCGAAUAUCGCUUACUCCGUGAAGUGUCCUUCAGACAAUCUGUCACCAAAAGGUACCUGGGUGAAGAGGAUGUCAAGUUUACAAGCAGCGCACACCAAGGCCCGGUCGUAGCACCCCAAGUGCUUCAGAAACCGCGGAACUCAAAAUUAGUAGAAGGUUCAAACGCUACAUUUACUGUAAAAGUGUCAACAGCUAAGGAUACAAGGUUGACUUGGUUCAAGAAUGGCCAGAGACUCGUAAAUGGACCAAAACACCAAAUUAAUUUUACUAAUCAAAUCGCUACACUUUAUAUACCACAAGUUAGUUGUGAGGAUUCUGGACAUUACACUCUGCUUGUAGAAAACCCACAAGGCUGUGUAGUUUCUUCUGCGUAUCUUGCCAUAGAACCAAUGCAGAUAGCAUAUGAUAGAACAGAAGACAAGGAGAAUGUAAUAACUAAAACUCAUAACAAACUCGAGUCGAUAGAAGUGGUUGAGGGCAAGAUGUUAGCACCAAACUUUGUGCGUGUUUGUGGUGACCGUGACGUGACCGAAGGAAAAUUGACACGUUUCGAUGUCCGUGUUACGGGUAAACCGUAUCCCGAAGUCUCGUGGUACAUAAAUGGUCAGCAAAUUAAGGACGACGCAACGCACAAGAUAUUGGUCAACGAAUCUGGUGAUCACGGUUUGAUGAUAACUAAUGUUUCCCAGGCAGAUGCAGGUCAGGUGGUUUGUGUCGCAAGAAGUAAAUCUGGAGAAACUUCUUUCCAAUGUAAUCUGGGAGUCAUUGAAAAAGAACUUGUAGUUGCUCCAAAGUUUGUACAGCGUUUUACACCUUUAAAUAUAAGUGAAGGAGAAACAGUUACAUUGAGUGUCAGAGCUGUUGGAACUCCAAUACCAAGAAUAACAUGGCAAAAAGAUGGUGUCAACAUCAGCGAACAACCAGGAAUGGUAUCUGUAUGGACCGAAGGGGGCGGUUCAGUAUUAGAAAUAGCAAGAGCUGCUCCAACGGACGCAGGUUGGUAUCAAUGCACAGCUCAAAACACAGCUGGAUCGACAGCAACACGAGCUCGCCUUAACAUCAUAAGGAAACCUCGCCCCGAAGACUUCUCUGAAGACAGACGUCUUAGGCUACCAAAACCAACACGAGUAAUUGAACCUGAGCCUGAGCCAGAACCAGAAGUUGUUUUCCUAAAACAUGUUGAGAGAGCAAAACACCAUACACCUCGAUCAGAAGAAGACAAAAUUUAUCCACCACCACGGUUCAUUGUUCCGCUAGCAGAUAUAACUCAACAAGAAGAUGGUCGAAUUCAUUUUGAAGCUAGAAUUGAACCUAUCGGUGAUCCAACAAUGGUGGCUGAGUGGUUUGUAAAUGGUUACCCAUUACAAGCAAGUUCGAGAGCUAUGACUUUAUUAAAUUACGGUUUCAUAGCUUUGGAUUUAUUGAGCAUUAUAUCCGAAGAUGCGGGAGAAUAUACAUGUAGAGUGACAAGUAGUUCUGGAACAGCUCAAUCUACUGCUGUUCUUAAAGUUGAAGGGAGAGAUGAAAUCGAUAAAUCCAGUCAAUAUCCAGAUAGUUUAAAAUAUAUUGAACAAUUGGAAGAUUAUUCCAAAUAUCAAAGAAGUGAUAGCUAUGAUGAAGUUCAGCCAUUACCACCCACUUUAGUUAAAUCAUUACAUGAUAUGGGUGAUUUACAAGAAGGUAGAAAUGCACAUUUCGAAGCUCAGCUCAACCCAGUCAGUGAUCCAACAAUGAAAGUAGAGUGGUAUAAAGAUGGAAAACCUAUAACAGCAAGUUCAAGAAUAACAACAAUAUUUAAUUUUGGUUACGUUUCAUUAAAUAUUAUGCAUCUUCGUGCAGAAGAUAGUGGAGAAUAUACUUUAAGAGCUAUAAACCGAUGGGGAGAAAUUAUUAGUACAUCAACAUUAAAUGUGAUAGCUCAUAGCAGUAUUACAGGCGAUUUAGGCUACCCAGAACAGCAAAGGUAUAUUGAUCAAACUGAAGCUUUAGAACAAUCCUACUUACAACAAAAAAAUCAAGAAUAUAAAAUAAGUGCACCUGAAAGUGUAGCACCACCACAAUUUAAAACGCCAAUUAAAGAUCAGCAAAACAUUAAAGAAGGCGGUUUUGCUCAUUUUGAAGCAAGAUUAGAACCAUUAGGAGAUUCAACGCUUCAAGUAGUAUGGUUAAAGGAUGGUAAACCAGUUGAAGCUAGUUCAAGAAUGACUGUAUUUUUCAACUUUGGAUAUGUUGCAUUAACAAUAAAAUAUGUAACUGCUUUUGAUAUCGGAACAUAUACUUGCAGAGCUUUUAAUAAUUUAGGAGAUGCUUCAACAUCUGCUACAUUAACUGUUCUUACUAAAAAAGAUGUAGUACAAGAUAGCCAACAUCCUGGAGGUCUUGAACGAUUCCAAUAUUUGGAAGAUUCAAGGAAGAAUAAACGAAAGGCAGAAGAAGAAACCGUUGUUACACAAAAACCUAGAUUUCUUGGACCAUUAAAAGGAACAAAUAAAAUUGCUGAAGGGCAAAGAGCUCAUUUUGAAGUUCGAGUUGAACCUCAAAAUGAUGUGACUAUGAAAAUUGAAUGGUAUUUUAAUGGAAGAGUUAUAAUGAGCGCUAAUAGAAUUCAAACAUAUCAUGAUUUUGGUUAUGUGGCUUUGGAUAUUCUUGGUGUAAGAGCUGAAGAUAGCGGUACAUAUGUGGUUGUCGCAAGAAAUGCCUUGGGAGAGGCUCAGCUGUCAGCUACAAUGCAAGUUGAAGUUCGUUCAAAUAUUGAUACAUCUACUAUGCAUCGUGGAGUAGUUGAAAAAGCUCCUUAUCUUGAGUCUAAAAAAUUCACUGAACCUCAAUAUGAUAUUGAGGAAAUUUCAAAGUCAAAACCUAUAUUCAUACAACCAUUAAGUGACCCUGCACCAUUGAAUGAGGGUAAAAAUGUUCAUUUGGAAUGUCGCCUUGAGCCUAUGGGUGAUCCUACAAUGAGAGUUGAAUGGUUCCAAAAUGGGAAACCUGUAACAGUCGGUUCAAGAUUCCGUACAUACUAUGAUUUUGGAUAUGUUGCUUUGGAUAUCAUACAUGUCACAUCAAUUGACUCUGGUGAAUACACUGUUAGAGCUACAAACCAUUUAGGAUCAGCUCAUACAUCUGCAUGUGUCAAUGUAUUAUGCCGAUCAGACAUUUUAACUGAAAGUCAAAAUGAGUAUGCAUUAGAACAGAUACAAAUGUUAGAAGAUGCAUCAAGAUAUCAAAAAAUGACAAUUGAAGAAGAAAGCAUUAUGCAAGGUCCACAGUUCACCAAACCGUUACAUAAUAUACAGACAUCUGAAGGUACAAACGUACAUUUGGAAUGUAGAUUAAAACCGGUUGGAGAUCCGACUAUGAAAAUAGAUUGGUUGGUCAACGGACGUCCAGUGAAAACAGGACAUAGAUUCCGCCCUGCCUAUGAUUUUGAUUAUGUAGCAUUGGAUUUGUUAAGUGUGUAUCCUGAAGAUUCUGGGGUAUAUACUUGCCAAGCUAGAAACGAAAUGGGCGAAGCUGUUACUUCUAGUUCAGUGAAAGUAAUUGCUAAACAGAAUUUAAUAUUAGAUUCACAACAUCCACAUGGUCUAGAAAAAAUACAAUAUCUAGAAGAUUCAGCGAGAUACAAAAAAGCUGAAAUGAUUGAAGAAUCUGUUAAAAUAAAACCUCGUUUUUUGACCAAACCAAAGAAUGUGGAAAAUUUAAAAGAAGGGCAGCAUGCUCAUUUUGAAUGUAAAUUAGAGCCAGUCACUGAUUCUAAUCUAGAAGUUCAGUGGUUUAAAAAUGGAAAACCAAUCAUUAUUGGUCAUCGCUUCAGACCUAUCCACGAUUUCGGAUAUGUAGCCUUAGAUAUCAUAGAUGUCAUUGAAGAAGAUUCUGGAAUUUAUACAUGUCGUGCUGUUAAUUUACUUGGUGUUGAUGAAACAAAUGCUCAUUUAACAUGCAGAAGUUCAUCCAGUAUUGUAACAGAUACUCAAAAUGAAAUGGGUCUGGAACAAAUUCAGUAUCUUGAAGAAAAAUCUAGAUAUCACAGAAGAGAAGACAUUGAAGAAACAACCACUCAGGCUCCAAUUUUCACUACUUCAUUGAAGCAUUGUGAUAUUAAAGAAGGCCAACGAGCUCAUUUUGAAUGCAGAUUAAUCCCGGUAUCUGAUAACACCAUGAAAGUUGAAUGGUUCCAUAAUAAUGUUCCAAUUAAAUUUGGAUCUCGAUUUACCGAAACUAAUAACUUUGGAUUUGUUGCAUUGGAUAUUCUUCAAUGUUUACCUGAAGAUUCUGGCACAUAUACAUGUCGUGCAACUAAUUGGUUAGGACAAUCUAUUACAUCAGGAAAUCUCAAUGUUCAAUCGAGAAAGUCAAUCUAUUUGGAAUCUCAACACGAGGAUGCAUUAGGUCGUUUAGCUCAGCUUGAAAACUCAAAUCGUUAUCAACGUCAAUCAAUUAUAGAAGAUGUAGUAACACAAGCUCCAGUAUUUACUCAACCUAUGAGAGAUAUUACAAUGAUUGAAAGUCAGCCUGCUCAUUUUGAGGCAAGAUUAAUACCAGUGGGUGAUGAUAAAUUAAAAGUAGAAUGGUUAAGAAAUGGAAUUCCUAUUCAAGCAUCUAAUCGUGUAUCAACAAUGCAUGAUUUUGGUUAUGUUGCUCUUAAUCUUAAAUAUGUUUAUCCCGAGGAUUCUGGUACUUACACAUGCAGAGCUAUAAAUGAUUUAGGACAAGCAGUCACUUCAGCCACUCUGAAUGUGCAUUCUAAAGCUUCUCUUCAAUUGGAAAGUCAACAUGAAGCAGCAUUAGAUAAAUUAAGACAGCUCGAAGAUUCUAGCAAGUACAAGCGAGUAGAACAAAAAGAAGUGGAAGUUACUGAAGCGCCUAAGUUUAUUGUGCCAUUAAAUGGAACUGAAAGUUUAAUUGAAGGUCAAAGUGCCCAUUAUGAAUGUCGUAUAGAACCUUAUCCUGAUCAUACACUACAAUUAGAAUGGUUACACAAUGGAAAACCAUUACAAACAGGACAUAGAUUUAGAACAACUUAUGAUUUUGGUUUUGCAUCAUUGGAUGUUUUAUCGGCUUUACCAGAAGAUUCUGGAGAAUAUACUUGUAGAGCUAUUAAUAAAUUUGGUAGGGCUGAGUCAUCAGUUAAGCUAAGUGUUCAAUCUCGAGCAUCUAUUAUUAGUGAUACUCAACAUCAAGGAGCUUUGAAUAAAAUACAGUAUUUAGAAGAUGACUCUAGAUUUAAAAGAGCAGCUGCUGAAGAUGUUUUAAUGACAGAGAAACCACAAUUUGGACGACCUCUUAAGAAUAUAGAACAUCUUCCAGAGGGGCAAAGUGUACAUCUUGAAGCUACAUUAAUUCCAGUUAAUGACCCAACUAUGAAGGUUGAGUGGUUUAGAAACGGAAUACCAAUUCCUCAAGGCCAUAGAUUUAAGACAGUUUAUGAUUUUGGAUUUGUUGCUUUGGAUGUACUUUAUGCUUAUCCUGAAGACUCGGGUACAUAUAUGUGCAAAGCUAAAAAUGCUGCUGGAGAAGCAGUUACUACUUGCAUUGUAACAGUGGAUUCUAAAUCUGGUCUUCAGUUGGAUACAUUGGAUGAAGAUAGAUUAAAAAAAAUUAAACAACUUGAAGCUUAUGAAAGACCUACAGCUCAAGAAGCUGUAUUUGAACUUCAAAAACCAGUAUUCCUCACACCUCUUAAUAGCCUUGAAUUAUUGAAAGAAGGCGAACACGCUCAUUUAGAAACUCGAAUUGAACCAAUUAAUGAUGCUGAUUUGAAAAUAGAAUGGUUCGUUAAUGGAGUAGCAAUUAAAACAGGUCAUCGUUUUAAGACUACACAUGAUUUUGGAUAUGUUGCAUUGGAUAUUUUGUAUGCAUAUGCUGAAGAUUCUGGUACUUAUAUGUGUAAAGCCACUAAUAAAAAAGGGGAAGCAGUAAAUACUUGUCAAAUUAAUGUUGCCUCUCGUAGAAGUAUCUACUUAGAAACGCAGCAUCCUGAUGGAUUAGAAAAGAUUCGUGAACUUGAAGCGCAAGGACACCCAGCAAAACUUGAAAUCGAUGAGCCUCCACCAACAGCACCUUCAUUAACCAGUCUAUGGGGCACUACUGAGGUAGCUGAAGGAAAAACAGCCCACUUUGAGUGUCAAGUAAAACCUGUACACGAUUCUAAAUUGAAAGUUGAGUUCUUCCAUAAUGACAAACCACUUGGAUCUGCUUCUCGUUUCCAUACUACAUAUGAUUUUGGUUACAUAUCUUUGGAUAUUGGCCAUGUUGUUCCGGAAGAUGCUGGAAAAUAUACUGUUAAAGCUACCAAUGAAUUGGGUCAAGCUACUUCUAGUAUCAAUUUAUUAGUUCAAGGAGGUGGAAGUAUAAUUUUGGAUUCUCAAAGGCCUGAAGGAUUAGAAAAAAUAAAAGAGUUAGAAAUGGCUGUACCUUUCAAACGUGCUGAUUAUUCAGAACCUAUAUCAAAACAAAGACCAAUGUUCACACAACCUCUACAAAACAUUGACAGCAUAAAUGAAGGACAAACAGCUCACUUUGAAUGUCGUCUCAUCCCUAUUGGCGAUGCGUCGAUGACUGUUGAAUGGUUUAGAAAUGAAAAACCAUUAGAAACAAGUUCAAGGAUUACAAAAACAUAUGACUUUGGUUAUAUAUCUCUAGAUAUUUCUCAUGUAAGAGAUGAAGAUAAUGGGGUAUAUAGCUGUAAAGCUACAAAUGCUCUUGGAGAGGCGGUUUCAACAGCCUCUAUGAGAGUUAGAACAAAAUCUGAUAUUCAGUUAGAAAGUCAACAUCCAGAAGGUCUUAGAAAAAUUGUUGAAUUAGAACGUGGUCAAGAACCAUUGAAAAGAGAAGAGGCAGAGAGAUCAUUUGAGAAACCAAUUUUCACACAACUUCUUACAGGCCCUUCAGAACUUAUUGAAGGUCAACAUGCUCAUUUUGAGUGUAGAGUUGUACCAGUAGGUGAUCCAACAUUACGUUUUGAGUGGUAUGUUAAUGGAGUUGAACUAAAAAUGGGUUCAAGAUUCCAUGUAACAAAUGAUUUUGGCUUUGUGACAUUAGACAUCAGUUCAACUGUCGCAGAAGAUUCUGGAGUUUAUACAUGUAAAGCAAUUAACAGAGCUGGAGAAGCUGUUUCUUCCACUUCCAUGAAAAUAAAACAUCGCUCUUCGAUUGUUCAUGAACCAUUACAACCUGAUGCAUGGGAAAAAAUUCAGCUUAAAGAAGCAGAAAUGAAUAAAGUUCCUGAAAUGUUCAUUGAUACAAGACCACAACAAGCACCUGUUUUCACUUCACAUUUGCAAAAUCAAGACCGUUUAGCUGAAGGUCAGCAUGUUCAUUUAGAAGCUCAAGUAGAACCUAGAGCAGACCCUAAUCUUCGAAUUGAAUGGUUCAAAAAUGGAGUGGCAUUGACAACUGGUUCAAGAAUACGCAGUACUUUUGAUUUUGGUUUGGUUACAUUAGCAAUAAAUAGUUUAAGACCAGAUGAUUCAGCCAUCUAUACAUGCAAAGCAUCUAACAUGUUGGGCGAAGCUGUUUCAACUUGUACAUUAAAAAUAUCAGAUAGCCAUUGGUUAAUAAGUAACACUUUACACCCUGAAUCACUUUCAAAAAUUGAAGAUUUGGAAAAACCACAUGCUGGACGUGUUGAAGGACCAGAACCAGUUUUUGAAAGUCCUGUAUUCAUUUCUCAUCUUAAUAACUGGGAAUGUAAAGAAGGAAGUGAUGUUCAUUUUGAAUGUCAAGUAGAACCUUCCAAAGAUCCAACUUUGAAAAUUGAUUGGUUUGUAAAUGGAAAACCACUUCAAAGUGCAUCAAGAUUCAAGUCAGCCUAUGAUUUUGGUUUUGUCACAUUAGAUAUACACCAUGCAUAUUCAGAAGAUUCUGGAAUAUACACUUGUAGAGCUAGUAAUAGCAAAGGCCAGGCUGUAACUACCGGGACAUUAAAAUGUACAGGUCUCCAAGGCAUUCAUUUAGACACACAACAUCCACAAGGAAAAACUGGAUUAGAAAAGGUACAAAAAGUGGAAGAUAAUCUUGCUUCUAAAUAUCAACGUCAAGCAUCUUUGCCUGAUGCAACUUUCCCAAAACCAAUAUUUGUUGUACCUCUUGAAGCUGAAUUCAUAUUAGCUGAAAGUAAGCCACUGCAUUUGGAGGCACAAGUUGAACCUAAGAAUGACCCCAAUCUCAAAAUUGAAUGGUACUUUAAUGGAAAAGUACUUGAUUUAGGAUCACGUUUUAAGACAAACAAUGAUUUUGGUUUUAUAAGUUUGGAUUUAACUGAUGUAUAUGAACGAGAUCAAGGAGUGUAUACUUGCAAAGCAUAUAACCAUUCUGGAGAAACAUAUACUUCAACAACUGUUUAUUGCAGUAGCAACAAAGGAUUAAUUGAGCAUACUCAACAUCCAAAAGGAGAAGAAGGUUUGGAAAAAAUUCAAAGUUUAGAAGAAUCUCUACAAAGGCAAAAACAAGGAAUUACAGAUAGAGAAACUGGACACGCACCUGUUUUCACUUCACAAUUCAAAGAUCUUGGAUUCUUAAGUGAAGGUGAAAUUGCUCAUUAUGAAGCUUCAUUAACACCUGUUGGUGAUCAGAAAAUGGUUGUUGAAUGGUUCUACAAUGGAAAUGCCAUCGAAGCUAGUCAUCGUAUUCGUACAAUCUAUGCAUUUGGAAUGGUUGUUCUUGAAAUUCUUGGUACUAAAAUAGCUGAUACAGGUACUUACACUUGUAAAGCAACAAAUGACUAUGGAUCUGCAGAGAUGAGUGUUACACUAGAAUGUGUAGAAAGAAUAACUGGUCAAAAACCAAAAUUCACAUCUCAAAUUCAGACUCUGGUUGGCUUAAAGGAUGGAGAUUCUGCACAUUUUGAAUGCACAUUAAUACCAGUCAAUGACCCAGAUUUAAAAGUAGAAUGGUUCCACAACGGUAAACCAUUAUUACACAAAAAUCGUGUAAAAAUGAUUUCCGAUUUUGGAUUUGUCGUCAUGGAUAUAGCAUAUAUACAAAACCACGAUUCUGGAGAAUAUGUGUGUAAAGCAAGCAAUAAGUAUGGUGAAGAUAUAACUAAAGCCUCUAUUCAAUACUCUGGAAAAGGUGGUGUGUAUUUAGAUUCAUUGCAACCUAGUUCCUUGGCUAGAAUUCAUGAGUUAGAAAAUGCUACAGGACAACCAGUUGGAUUUGCAUCAUCUCCUGUAUCAGAAGCUCCUAAAUUUACAACUCAAUUAGUUGAUAUAACAAAUUUGAAAGAAGGGCAAAGUGCUCACUUUGAAGCUCGUGUUACACCAGUGAAUGAUCCAAAUCUUGUUGUUGAAUGGUAUUUCAAUGGUGAAAAGCUACAACACGGUCAUAGAUUUAGAACAUUCCAUGAUUUUGGUAUUGUAAUAUUGGAUAUACUUUAUUGUUAUGAAGAAAACUCUGGUGUAUAUGAGUGUAGAGCAUCCAAUAAAGCAGGAAAUGAUACUACUAAGGCAAAUUUGCGUUGUUCCUCAAAAACGAACUUGAUCUUAGAUUCCCAACUUCCUCGAGGAAUGGAAGGGGGAUUAGAAAAAAUUCAAACUCUUGAAGAUUUAACACUUAGAGUUAAAGAUGAAAAAGUUUCUGUAGAAAAUCGUCAAGCUCCAAUGUUUACUGAACCAUUAUCCAAUAUUGAUAGUUUGCGAGAAGGUGAGAGUGCACAUUUUGAAGGUCGCCUGACACCUGUUGAUGAUCCUAACUUAAAGGUGGAAUGGUUCUGGAAUGGAAAACCAUUAAAAGCAGGUUCUAGAUUUAGAACAUUCUGUGAAUUUGGUUUUGUUAUAUUGGAAAUAUCUCCAGUAUAUCCUGAAGAUUCUGGAGAAUAUUCAUGCCGAGCUUCCAAUCAUUAUGGUGAAGCUGUUACUACAGCCAGCAUGAAAGUUCAAGGAAAGAGAAGUAUCAUUGUGGAAUCUCAGCUUCCAAAAGGAAUGGACACUACUAUCGAUAGAAUUGCAGAACUUGAAGGUCUUGGAAAAUCAAGAGCUCCUAUUGAAACUGAAGACGAUUUGGGAAGGGCACCAGAAUUCAUUACUACACCAGCUGAUCUUAGUUUAUCAGAAAAUUCGCUGGCUCAUUUUGAAUGCAGGCUUGUACCAUCUAAUGAUGCUAGCAUGACGGUUACUUGGUUCCAUAAUGGCAAAGUGUUAUCGGCCGGAUCACGUAUUAAAACAAUUAAUGAUUUUGGAUUUGUUAUCCUUGAAGUAGCUGGUGUUUAUAUUAGAGAUUCUGGUCUAUAUACUUGCAAGGCCACUAAUAAACACGGAGAAGCAACAGUAACAUGUAAGUUACAAGUUAAAGGCCGGCAAGGUAUAGUUUUAGAACCUCAAUUGCCUAACACAUUCAGAUCUGGUACAAAAAGUAUUCAAAAGCUUGAAGAGAAUAUGUAUAAAAAGGAAGAAAUAUUGGCUGAAGAUGAAAAACCAAAUCCUCCUAGGUUUACUGUAGAACUGAAGGAUGCAUUGGAUGUACAAGAAGCCAAAUCCGUUCAUUUUGAAUGUAGAGUGGAACCUGUUAAUGAUUCUACUUUAAGGAUUGAUUGGUUUUUCAAUGGAAAACCUUUUGCUACUGGUUCACGUGUACAUGUGAUAAAUGAUUUUGGAUUUAUAUCUUUAGACAUGGAUUAUGUUUACUCUCGAGAUUCUGGCGAAUAUAUAUGCCGUGCAACAAAUAAAUGGGGAACUGCCUUUACAAAAGCAAAAUUAACGUGCAUUGCCAAACAAAAUGUCAUAUUAGAGUCACAAUUACCCGAAGGAAUGAGUGGAGAAAAAUUAAAAGCAUUAGAGCAAGGGCCAGUACAAGAAAAGAAAAUCCAUGAUGAAAUAGAAGCAAUGCCACCAAAAUUCUUAUCUCAGAUUGAAUCAACAACAGUCGAAGAAGCAAGUUCUGUACAUUUUGAAACUAGAGUUGAACCUAAAAAUGAUCCAAAGUUAAGAGUAGAGUGGUACAGAAAUGGUAAACCAUUACCUUCAGGCCAUAGAUAUAAGUCUAUAUUUGAUUUGGGUUUUGUAUCUUUGGAUAUACUGUCCAUGUAUUCUGAAGAUUCAGGAGAGUAUAUUUGUAGAGCUGUAAAUGACCAUGGUGAAGCGAUUACUAAAGCUAUGGUCACCUGCAAACAGCUCCCAACAAUAUUACUUCAAAACCAAGUACCAAAAGGUAUGAAAAAGUCUGAGGCUUUGACUCAAAUGGAAGCAGCUAUUAAAAAAUACACAUCUGAGAUUCAUUUGACCAUAGAUGAUUUGUAUGAAGUUGAAAAGAAACAACCACCAAGAUUUGUUACCCAAAUUAAAGAUCAGUUGUCGUUAGUUGAAAUGGAAUCAACCAAAUUUGAAUGUCAAUUAGCUCCAGUUGGUGAUCCUAAUAUGAAGGUUGAGUGGUUUUUAAAUGGCAAACCAUUAAGACAUAAGAAUAGAUUUAAUCCAAUUUAUGACUUUGGAUAUGUUGCAAUGAAUUUUGGUUGGAUAUAUCCUGAAGACAGCGGCGAAUAUGUUUGUAGAGCUACUAAUUUAUAUGGUCAAGAUGAAACAAGAGCCACUAUAAAAACAUCUGGUAAGCCAGGUAUCAUUUAUGAUUCUCAGCUUCCUAAAGGAAUGAAGAGUAUUGAAAAAAUAAGAGAAAUGGAAGCAUCGUGGCAAGUAACACCUGAAAUGAAAGAAGAAGAAGAAAAACGUAGAGAACCUCCACAAUUUGUAAGCAAACCGGAACCUGUCACUAUAUGUGAAGGUGAUUGGGCUAGAUUCUGUUGUAGAGUUACUGGUUUCCCAAGACCAAGAGUUAUGUGGCUAGUCAAUGGAAACACAGUUGUGAAUGGAAUGAGAUACAAAUUAAAUUACGAUGGUAUGUGGCAUCUUGACAUACCAAAAACAAGGCAAUAUGACCAUGGUAAAGUUGAAGUUAUUGCUAGAAAUGCAUGUGGAGAGACUCGUGUGGAAACAAUGCUCACAGUGAAUUCAAGACAUGACGAUUACAGAGGAGUUUUGAAAAAUUCACCAAGACCAUGGUACGACAGUGAUUUGGUGCAGUAUCAAAGAGAUCUUAAAGAGAAUGAACUAGAAAAAGUGUUUACUGAUAGAGCAUCAAAUGUUCAAAAUGUUGAUUAUAGUAAUAUGAUUAUAUCAACGGUUGGUGAUCAAAUGAAACAAAAGCAAUUAGGUGAGCCAAAACCUGAAUGGACUGAAACUGUAAAACAAAAGAAGAAUGAGGAUUAUUAUAAUAAAUUGAGUAAAUUGGAAGGAGAUCAAGUGGUAAAAGAAGCAAGAAUCAGAGAAGCUAAUCAUCAAAUAUCAAUUGCAGGCGAGAAGUUGAAAACUACAUCUAAAAAUAUGUCUAAAAAUUAUGAAGAAUCAUUAGUUAAAGAUAAAAAAGAAGAAUUAAUGCCUUGGCAAACAACAAAGUUACUGAAAGCACGGGGUGAUCAAAGUCCACAAAUAAUACCAGAUCCGUCUGAAUCGGCAGUACACGGAAAAGAGAUUCACGUGGCAAAGCAGCAACAAACUCAAAAAGAAAUACAAGGUGAUAAAGAAAUACGUAGGAAAAUUACUGCCACUGAGACAACUGAAGUAGAACACACACGUAAAAACCAAGAAAGGGUAGUCCAAGGAAAAGUUGAGCCGUCCAAACCGCCAAUAUUCACAACCAAAAUUCAGCCUUGCCGUGCAUUCGAACAGGACCAAGCGCGUUUUGAGGUUGAAUUUGAUGGUGAACCAUUACCCACGAUAAAAUGGUACCGAGAAGACUUUUUAAUCCAAAACUCACCUGACUUCCAAAUACAUACGUUUAGUACAAAAUCCAUACUAGUUAUUAGACAAGUUUUUAUGGAAGACUCUGGUGUCUUUGCCGUUAUUGCGGAGAACAGAGGUGGCAAAGCAAAAUGCAGUGCCAAUUUACUUGUCGAAGAACGUAAACAAGUUGGCAGGAAAGGACCUGGUCCACCAAGCUUCCUUAGCACAAUGCAAGGAUCAGUGGUAAAAGCCGGUCAACUAGUCAGAUUUGACGUUAAAAUCAGCGCUAAUAAACCACUGGAUGUAUAUUGGUUAAAGAACGGAAAGAAAAUCACCCAGGACAUUCGUUACAAAACGGUGGACGAAGACAAUCAAUACACGCUUUUAAUCAUUGAGUCGGUUACUGAAGACAGCGGAACCUAUGAGUGUGUAGCUAUCAACAAUUCUGGUGAAGCAAGAUGUGAAGCUCAGUUGGUAGUCCAACCAUUGGAACAGAAAGAUAAACCCAAAUCAAAACCUAGUGGUAAAGAACAGGCACCAACAAUUACCCAACCGUUAUCCGGACAAGUGAUUCAUGAGGGACAACCUGUAACGUUCAGCUGUAAAAUUUCUGGACAACCUCCAAUAACCGUAAAAUGGCAAAAAGGCGAUAAAGUUAUCAAACCAUCAAAAUAUUUCCGCAUGACGCAAGACGGGGAAACAGUUUCACUUCAUAUAUCCGAAGUGUUCCCAGAAGACGAAGGCACGUACAAAUGUUUAGUGUCAAAUGCCGGUGGCCAGGCUGUCCUGUCAGCUAAUUUGAAAGUUAUUGUACCUGAAAAUCAAGACAUAGCUCCAACCUUGAGCCCAAUGAGAGACGUUAUUGUCCCAGAAGGUAAUGCGGCUCAGUUCCGCACGCAAGUGUCAGGACAACCGUCACCGUCUGUACAAUGGUUUAGAGAAGGAAUACUUAUUCCCGAAACACCAGAUUUUAAAAUGAUGUAUGAAGGUAACAUGGCCGUCCUGUUAAUAACAUCGACAUACGAAGAAGAUUCUGGUGUGUUCACGUGUCGAGCCACAAAUAGCGCUGGACAAGUAGAGACCUCGGCCAGACUUACGGUGAAAAGACAACACGGGGUUACUUAUAAAACCGGUACAUUUGACGAUAAAGGUGUAGUGGAUACUAUACCACUAAAUCAAGGGUUAGGAAAAACAAAAGAAAUAGGUUCAAAGAUUUCUAUAAAAAAUAUUAAAACUGAUAAAAAAGGGUUAGAAACAAAUGAUAAUGUAUUACCAUGGAGAAAAGGAAUUUUAAUUGAUAGAAUUAGAAAAACAUCGGUAGAAGCAAAAAGCUUAAUUACAGAAAAUGUAUUCAUUGAACCUACAGAAAUUGGUGACUUAAUUACAGUAACACAAGAAGGUACAUUCAUAUAUACAUACGUUACAGAACAGAUAUUUACUUUAAUUCAAAAUAAAAUUGAUACUAAAGAUGUUGAAAAGGCAAAACAAAUAAUAAACCAAGUUUUGGUAAAAAAAAUGAAACAAGGCGAUAUUGUGAGUUUAAAUGAAAAUGAUAAAAAUGAAAUAGUUGGUGAAGUAACUAAUAAGUUAACACAAUUAUAUACAAAAAAAGUAAACAAUAAAUCAUUAGCAAAGGAUAUUCUUUAUAAAGUAUUAACAAGAUCUAUGGAAAAGGAACAAAUAAUUCAACCAUAUACAUCAGAACAAGAACAUCAAAAAGAAAAUGAAACAUUUGUGACAACAACAGAAAUGAUUUUCAAAAAUCAAAAACAAAAGAAAAAUGCACAGUUGUCAGAAAAAAUAAUAGAACAAAAUAAAUCAAAGGAAAAUGAACAAGACAUAGGAUUGGAAGAUGAAAAUCUUAUAAAUCAAAAAUAUCAAGGUCAAUUUUAUUUCGGAGAACAACAUAAUGAUAACUAUGAAAUCGUUCCAGACGAAUACAAGCCAAAAUUCAAAACUGAAAGUAUUGAAAAUGUUGAAUCAAAAAGUCAACAUCCCAACAAUACCAGACCAUGGUUAAUCAAACAAAAUGUAGAUGAAAUCAACCAAAAAGAAGAUUCUUCACCUCAAGAGGAGGAUGUUAUAAAGAGUGAAAAGACUAUCCUAAAUCAAUAUUUAACAACGAAAGAACAAACAAAAACAAUAACUCCUUGGACAGAAGAAAAAAUAAUAUUAAAAAAAUCAGCACCAAAUAAAUCAAAAAUAGAUAAGGAGAACAUUGAAAACAGGCAUGAAAUAAAAGGACAAACAGAUAAAAAGGUAUCUAUUCCAUGGACAGAAGAAAAUGUAACACUGAAAAAAACGUUGACUGAAAAGAAAUUAACAAAUAAAGAAACGUUAGAAGACGUGGUACUCAAACCAAUAAAAAACAUCAAAGACGAGGACGAAUUAAAGAGAAAAAGGGAAAAACAACAGCUCGAAGAUACAGCACUGAAUGUAACCGUGACUAAAACCCAAAAGCCAUCAGAUAUUCCAUGGCAAGAAGAGAAUGUUACUUUGAAAAAGACCAAAACUCAAAAGCAUCCGUUAACGAAAGAAACUGUUGAGGAAGUCACUCUUAAACCACUCAAAAAACCUGUUGUGGAUGAUGUUCCUGUGAAGGAAGAAACACCAAUUACAGAGACAACUGAAGUAGUUGAAACGGUGGUCGAAAAAGGAAGAAGGCGUCGUGUAAAGAAAACAGUUACAGACGAAAAGGGAGAAGUUCAGGAAACCGAAGAGGUUGUUGAAGACAAACCAACGAUUGAGGAAGUCGAAGACAUCCCCGUUGAAGAUAUCCCAACUGAACCACAAAGAAAACCGUCGGUGCCUUGGAGAGAAGAGACUGUCACUCUCAAAAAGACCAAAACACAAAAGCAGCCGUUGUCGAAAGAAACUGUAGAAGAAGUCACUCUCAAACCACUCAAAAAACCUGUUGUGGAUGAUGUUCCUGUGAAGGAAGAAACACCAAUUACAGAGACAACUGAAGUAGUUGAAACGGUGGUCGAAAAAGGAAGAAGGCGUCGUGUAAAGAAAACAGUUACAGACGAAAAGGGAGAAGUUCAGGAAACCGAAGAGGUUGAAGACAAACCAACGAUUGAGGAAGUCGAAGACAUCCCCGUUGAAGAUAUCCCAACUGAACCACAAAGAAAACCGUCGGUGCCUUGGAGAGAAGAGACUGUCACUCUCAAAAAGACCAAAACACAAAAGCAGCCGUUGUCGAAAGAAACUGUAGAAGAAGUCACUCUCAAACCACUCAAAAAACCUGUUGUGGAUGAUGUUCCUGUGAAGGAAGAAACACCAAUUACAGAGACAACUGAAGUAGUUGAAACGGUGGUCGAAAAAGGAAGAAGGCGUCGUGUAAAGAAAACAGUUACAGACGAAAAGGGAGAAGUUCAGGAAACCGAAGAGGUUGUUGAAGACAAACCAACGAUUGAGGAAGUCGAAGACAUCCCCGUUGAAGAUAUCCCAACUGAACCACAAAGAAAACCGUCGGUGCCUUGGAGAGAAGAGACUGUCACUCUCAAAAAGACCAAAACACAAAAGCAGCCGUUGUCGAAAGAAACUGUAGAAGAAGUCACUCUCAAACCACUCAAAAAACCUGUUGUGGAUGAUGUUCCUGUGAAGGAAGAAACACCAAUUACAGAGACAACUGAAGUAGUUGAAACGGUGGUCGAAAAAGGAAGAAGGCGUCGUGUAAAGAAAACAGUUACAGACGAAAAGGGAGAAGUUCAGGAAACCGAAGAGGUUGUUGAAGACAAACCAACGAUUGAGGAAGUCGAAGACAUCCCCGUUGAAGAUAUCCCAACUGAACCACAAAGAAAACCGUCGGUGCCUUGGAGAGAAGAGACUGUCACUCUCAAAAAGACCAAAACACAAAAGCAGCCGUUGUCGAAAGAAACUGUAGAAGAAGUCACUCUCAAACCACUCAAAAAACCUGUUGUGGAUGAUGUUCCUGUGAAGGAAGAAACACCAAUUACAGAGACAACUGAAGUAGUUGAAACGGUGGUCGAAAAAGGAAGAAGGCGUCGUGUAAAGAAAACAGUUACAGACGAAAAGGGAGAAGUUCAGGAAACCGAAGAGGUUGUUGAAGACAAACCACCGAUUGAGGAAGUCGAAGACAUCCCAGUUGAAGAUAUCCCAACUGAACCACAAAGAAAACCGUCGGUGCCUUGGAGAGAAGAGACUGUCACUCUCAAAAAGACCAAAACACAAAAGCAGCCGUUGUCGAAAGAAACUGUAGAAGAAGUCACUCUCAAACCACUCAAAAAACCUGUUGUGGAUGAUGUUCCUGUGAAGGAAGAAACACCAAUUACAGAGACAACUGAAGUAGUUGAAACGGUGGUCGAAAAAGGAAGAAGGCGUCGUGUAAAGAAAACAUUUACAGACGAAAAGGGAGAAGUUCAGGAAACCGAAGAGGUAGUGGAAGACAAACCAACGAUUGAGGAAGUCGAAGACAUCCCCGUUGAAGAUAUCCCAACUGAACCACAAAGAAAACCGUCGGUGCCUUGGAGAGAAGAGACUGUCAAUCUCAAAAAGACCAAAACACAAAAGCAGCCGUUGUCGAAAGAAACUGUAGAAGAAGUCACUCUCAAACCACUCAAAAAACCUGUUGUGGAUGAUGUUCCUGUGAAGGAAGAAACACCAAUUACAGAGACAACUGAAGUAGUUGAAACGGUGGUCGAAAAAGGAAGAAGGCGUCGUGUAAAGAAAACAGUUACAGACGAAAAGGGAGUAGUUCAGGAAACCGAAGAGGUUGUGGAAGACAAACCAACGAUUGAGGAAGUCGAAGACAUCCCAGUUGAAGAUAUCCCAACUGAACCACAAAGAAAACCGUCGGUGCCUUGGAGAGAAGAGACUGUCACUCUCAAAAAGACCAAAACACAAAAGCAGCCGUUGUCGAAAGAAACUGUAGAAGAAGUCACUCUCAAACCACUCAAAAAACCUGUUGUGGAUAACAAAACAGCAGUUGAUCAUGGUGUCGUGGAUAAAGAUGCUGGAUUUGGUGUUGUUGAAGAUCAUCCUAUGAUUAAAAUACGGUUUAUGAAGCAUGAAGAUUUGUUGAAGGAAGAUGAGUCUAAUAAGCCUGAUGCAAUAGUUUGUGCUCAAAAAGUCAUUUCUGUCCCUAAAGAUAGAGUGAAAAAGAAAAAGAAACAUGUUCAAUUGAAUGAAGAUAUGAAUCAGGAAAAAGAAUUUUCUCCUGACGAUGAAGUUACUGCCUUGAAUGAUGAUGAGAUUAGUGUACUCUCUCCAAAAUUAUCGGACUCAAAGGAUCUUAAAGGUAUUAUGAAACCUAUGGAUGACGUGGUGUCAGAGUUUAAUGUUUGUCCUAAAGUUGAAGUGUUUUCUACAGAUAUUUCAUCAAAGCCUAAAAAUUUAACAGAACAGAAAGUUCCUCUAAAACUUUUGAAUGAGAAAUUGGAACUUCCUUGGAGAAAAGGUCGUAAAGAUACCGAUCAUGAUGUUAGUGAUAAUGAUAUUGAAGAUAUUUCUCAUAUUCUUUCUCCUAAGAAAGAACAGUUGAAAGUCGUUGAAAUGAAACCGCUACAGCCCAAAUCGUUAGAUGUUGAAAACAAACCAUUAUUUGCUACAAUUAAACUUAAGAAGGCGUCUCAAAAACCAUCAAAAGAAAUUGAACCUACGGCCGUUCCCAAAGUUCUACUUAAAUCUCAUUUAUAUAGAGUGGACCUGAAUACCAAUGAACAUUUUCCCACAGUUUCAAUGUUAGAACCGGUUUUUAUAGACAACGGUGUUCUCUCUAGAAAUUAUGCUGAGGCCAUGAAAAUUAAAAAAACUAAACCGAAAAAGUUGUCCCUUCCUGAACUCGAACCAGUUGUUCUUGAGAAGUAUGAACCAUCGGACUUCCAUUACGAUAAAAAGGAAGUACCUGAAAGGCAUCCUUCUUUACCAAAACAAGUACCAGACAAAAAGAUUUCUGAUGAAGAAACUCCGAAGAAGUUGGUCAUUGGAAAAGGAAAAAUGCCUAUUCAAAGUGACGAUCAAGAGAAAGUCGUAUUAAAGAAAAUACCCAAAAAGCCAGACGAUGAAAAAAUGGAUAAGCCGAAGUCUAUUGAAAAACCACGUUUUAAACCAGAACCUGAUAUAAAACCAUCUGAAGACAUAGAUUUUACGUUAGAACCAUUUAAGCCUUUACCAUUGGGUAAAAGUCCUGAAGAUUCUGAGGUAACACCGAUUAAAAACGAUGGUUCCCCUGAUGUGGAAUCACCAGUUAAAAAACCCAAAUAUAUUAGAAAAAAAAUACAGAAAGAAGAAGAACCCAUUCCUGAUAAAAAAAUAUUACCUGGCACACCUAAACCUGUGCCAUCAGAUGAAGAGAAAGAUAUAAAUCUCAAGUAUAAACAAGGAGUACCAGAGCCAGACUUACCCGAAGAAAUAAAAUUAAAACCAUUUUCAUUAAAGAAACCAAUAGCUACAAAAGAGCCAGAGGAUCUGAACUUGGGUAAACCUGAACCAUUCGAUCAUCCAAAUGAUGAUGAAUUGGUGAACCCUCAAAGCUUUAAGGGUAAACCAGAUAAAAAAAUGAAAAAGAAAAAACCUGUAAAAUCUGAUGAUAUAAUUAUACCAACAGUUGACAAUAAGGAAGAUAAAUUGAAUCCUAUAUCAAUUGAAAAGAAUAUACCUGUACUCGAAGAAAUGGUAACCGUUGAUGUGAAACCCACUAAAUUCGAGGCAAUUGAGUUAGAAAAUAAACCAUUAUUAGCUACUAUCAAACUGAAGAAAGCGCCUUCAAAGUCGAAGAUUGAUGUCGAUCAUGUAAAAAUUCCUAAAGUACUAUUGAAGUCGCAUUUAAAACAUAUUGAUUACAAUACACAUGAAUAUUUUCCAACAAUUGCAUCGUUAGAACCGGUUUACGUAGACAACGGGGUUCUCUCUAGAAAUUAUGCUGAGGCCAUGAAAAUUAAAAAAACUAAACCGAAAAAGUUAACCCUUCCUGAACUCGAACCAGUUGUUCUUGAAAAGUAUGAACCAUCUGAAUUCCAUUAUGAUAAAAAGGAAGUACCUGAAAGGCAUCCUUCUUUACCAAAACAAGUACCAGACAAAAAGAUUUCUGAUGAAGAAACUCCGAAGAAGUUGGUCAUUGGAAAAGGAAAAAUGCCUAUUCAAAGUGACGAUCAAGAGAAAGUCGUAUUAAAGAAAAUACCCAAAAAGCCAGACGAUGAAAAAAUGGAAAAGCCGAAGUCUAUUGAAAAACCUCGUUUUAAACCAGAACCUGAUUUAAAACCAUCUGAAGACAUAGAUUUUACGUUAGAACCAUUUAAGCCUUUACCAUUGGGUAAAAGUCCUGAUGAUUCUGAGGUAACACCGAUUAAAAACGAUGGUUCCCCUGAUGUGGAAUCACCAGUUAAAAAACCCAAAUAUAAAAAAAAAAUACAGAAAGAAGAAGAACCCAUUCCUGAUAAAAAAAUAUUACCUGGCACACCUAAACCUGUGCCAUCAGAUGAAGAGAAAGAUAUAAAUCUCAAGUAUAAACAAGGAGUACCAGAGCCAGACAUACCUGAGGAAAUUAAAUUAAAACCUAUUCCCUUAAAAAAACCUUUAGAUAAUAAGAAAACAGUUGAUGAUAGUUUAGGAAAACCUAAGCCUUUUAUUAGUGAUUUACCUAAAAUUGAUGUACAGUCUAAGUCUAAAAAGUCACCUUUACCGAAAUCUAUAAACGUUGAUAGUCCUUUACAAGAUCUUGAAAUAGUUAGUAUAAAAAGAAGUGAGGAAAGUCCUGAACGUAAAGCGACUCAGAGUGAAAUUGUAGCACCUUAUUUCAUUGAAAAAGUUCAACCAUUAGUAGCAGAACAUCAAAAGCCUACUGCUUUUACAUGCUCUGUGGGGGGAGUCCCUUCACCUGAAGUCAAAUGGUACCGGGAUGAUCGUGAACUACAAACAACCGAUGUUUACGAAAUAAUUGUAUACGAGAACACAUCUACACUAAGGAUUUCUAAGCCUACAGAGGAACAGGCUGGCGUUUAUGUUUGCCAAGCUACAAAUUCAGCUGGCAUCUCAACUUGUACUGCACUUCUAGUGGUGUUAGAUUCUGAAGAAAUUGGCGAAGCUCCAACUUUUGUGGAACCUAUUAAACCUAGAAAAGUCCGGGGGAAAAAAUCUAUUGAAUUAAGGUGUAUUGUGAAAGGAAUUCCUAUACCUGAAAUUAUUUGGUGUCGUGAAAAUGAAGAAAUAAUUCCGGAGGACGAUGAGUAUACAACAUCGUUUGAUUCAAAAACUGGUGAAGCAAUUUUAACAUUAGUAAAUCCUAUGGAUGUUGACCGUUCAACAUAUCUUGCUAGAGCAGUGAAUAUUCACGGGAAAUCUGAAUGCAUGGCACAUAUUACAUUUGAAAAAGAAGAAUAUGGAGAGGCGCCUAAGUUCGUGGAACGGUUGAAGCCGAAAGUUGUAAAAGCCAACGAAACAACUGAACUCACAUGCUUAGUUAAAGGUGUUCCAUUACCAACAGUUGUUUGGUGCCGCGAUGAUGAAGAAAUUAUACCAGAUGAAAGUCAUUUGCUGAUUUACAUUCCUGAAACCGGAGAAUCUAAACUUAUAAUUGUGCACCCUGAUGACAUUGACGAGUCAACGUACACAGUUAACGCAACGAAUAAAUUUGGAAGAGCUGAGUGCAGAGCAAAUUUAAUAGUUCAAAAAGAUGAACUUGGAGAGGCACCAACAUUCGUACAACCAGUAAAACCGAAAAUUGCCAAGUCAAAUGAAAUAACUGAACUUAAAUGUACUGUAAGAGGAACACCAAACCCAUUAGUAAUUUGGUGUCGUGGAAAUGAAGAAAUCAUCCCCGAUGAAAGUCAUUUGGUUACGUACCAUCCGGAGACCGGAGAAUCGACUUUAACAAUUUUAAAUCCAUCUGAAAUUGAUGAAACUAUUUAUACCGUGAACGCCGUAAAUAAAUACGGCCAAGCGCAAUGUCGUGCGAAUCUUAUUAUUCAAAAAGAUGAAUCGGGCGAAGCACCAAUCUUCGUAGAACCGAUAAAACCGAAAAUCGCCAGAGCUAAUGCGUCUACCGAAUUAAAUUGUUUGGUUAGAGGAAUACCGACACCGACGGUUGUUUGGUUCAGAGGUGAUAUAGAAAUAGUUCCAGAUAACACUCAUUCAAUAACGUUUAUACCAGAGACGGGUGAAUCAAAACUUAUUAUUUUAAAAGCCACAGAAGUUGAUCAAAACACAUACACUGUGAAGGCAACUAACAAAUAUGGCAGAGCUCAAUGUCGGGCAAAUGUAAUUAUACAAGAAGACGUUUUCGGUGUAGCUCCAACCUUUGUUGAGCCCAUAAAGCCCGUAUUAGCAAAACCAGAUCGAACAACUGUUUUACGGUGUUUGGUGACUGGUAAUCCCGUGCCAACUGUGGUUUGGUGUCGUGGAAAGGACGAAAUUAUUCCUGACGACAUGCAUACAAUUCAGUUUAUUCCAGAAACUGGAGAAUCCACUUUAACCAUUGAAAAACCAACAACAAUUGACGAAGCGCAUUAUUCAGUAGAAGCAAUUAACAAAUUUGGAAGAGCUAGAUGCAGGGCUAAUUUAGUUUUAGAAAAAUAUGAUACUGGAAUUGCUCCUACAUUUGUCGUCCCGAUUAAACCUAAAGCUGCCAAACCAACUGAAACUGUAGAAUUGAGUUGCGUGGUUUCUGGAACUCCAGUGCCAACAAUCGUAUGGUGUCGCGGGGAUGAACAAGUCGUGCCUGACGACAGCCAUGUCAUAUCUUACACACCGGAGACUGGCGAGUCCAAGCUUACGAUCUGUAAUGCCACUGAAUUGGACGUAAAUGAUUACACAGUGAAAGCUGUCAACGAUUUUGGUAUGGCCCAGUGUAGAGCCAAUUUGAUUAUAGACGAAGUCGUUGAAGAAGUAACUCAACCGUUAGAGGAGGCACCAUGCAUAACAAAACCUUUGCAACCUGUCAUAGCAAAAAAAGAUUCGUGCAUAACGUUAGACGUGCAUUUUAGAGGAACUCCCGAAUUAAAAGUUCGGUGGUUCCACAAUGGAAAAGACAUAACCGAUAAAAAAACGUUUGUACGCACCUUAACUAUAACAGAGACCACAACCGUUAUAAUAAUAAAGAAAAUAACUAAAAAGACCACUGGACGUUAUGAAGUCGUGGUCACUAAUAAUCGCGGGGAAGCAAAGACGUCUACUACAGUAUCUAUCGAAGAUGAAGAAGAUGUAGAGGAGACAAUCGAUAAACAGGAAGUUACAGUCGGAAAAUCACCGUAUUUCGAAACAGAACUGCUAACCGAAACAGUAUGGGAGGAAGAAGAAACCACAAUAUGCCUCUUUGUAAAAGUAAAGGGUACUCCCAAGCCCAAAACCCGUUGGUACGAGAGUGGCAUAGAAAUAACACCCAACGAAGAGUUCAAAAUUGAAGAAUAUGAUGAAGGAGUAUCUAUGUUAACGAUCAAGAAAAGACCAACAGAGAGCGUUAAGGAAAUUACGUGCGAGGCCACCAACGAGCACGGAACGGUCACAACCAGGACUCUAGUAAUUCCAGGUAUCAAAGGAACGAAAGCCUACAGGAAACCAUCGUGGGUGACUCAGAUGGAAGAGUUGCGGGAACAAUUGCAAGCUUUCCAAAGUUUACCGAGCUUUGUAAACGAAUUAAAGGACGAGCGAGCUGUUGAAAACGAAACGAUUGUGUUUGAAUGCCAAUUUUCAGGAAAUCCUACUCCCGUGAUUAUAUGGUAUCACGAUGACAAAAUUGUCAGGAACUCAUCCAAUGUUCAAGUUAAAAUCACCGACACCAAAACAACAUUAACUAUUAAAAAAGCAACAAAGGAAGAUGAAGGUGUCUAUAUUUGUAAAGCGAACAGCAAUUUAGGAGAAGCCAAAAAUAAAGCGAAACUUUAUGUUAAAAAACUUGGAGAUGAUGUAUUCACAGCUACCGAAGAAGAAGUAGAAGAAAAAGAGGUAGAAGAAGUGAAGAAAACGAAAAAGACGAAAAAGAAAACUAUAAAAAAGAAACACAAAAAAGAAACUGAAUCAUUCGAUGAAACAGAAAUAAAAGAACCGCAUCGUAUUACUACUACUAAAACGGUAGAGGAGAAACCGUCAUUACUGGAACGCGAACCGUUGUCCACGUCAGAAACAAUUUCAGACGAGACGGUUAGGGAAGUUCGUGGACCCGAAUUAGCUCGCGCGAAACCUUCUGAAGAACCUGCACUAUUCACAGCACUCAAGACGAAGCCCACAGUGGUCAAUGAAGUUGAUCAAGUGUUAGAUCAAGUUGAACUGGCUGAGUUUGGACCGGCUGAAUGUCCAUUACGAGAAUUGGCCACCAUCGAUAUACUUACCAAACACGGAAUAUCCACAGAACAGGUAAUUGAAGAGUAUACGUCCGGUCAGUUCCCUGCGUUGAGGACCGCGCCAGCUCAGUCAGCCAUGGUGCACCUCAUCGAACGUGAAGGGUACACAUCAUUGGUGGCUGACGUCUUCACUAAAGAAUCAACCAUACCCGAAACCGUCAACGAAGUGUUUAAGGCAUUUAUGACAAUGGUUGAGUUGAAACACAGUACACUGGAAGAGAUCAUUACUUACUUGAUGCCAGAAGAUUUCCAAACCAGCACCUGGGAUUUCGAGCACGCAUCUCAAAUUACUACUGAUGAUACGAUCACCGAUACAGCUGAUAUCAGCGAAUCUGUAAACAUAUUAGUAAACGAAGUUAAGAAGAAAACGCGUUCAACAAAGAGAUUAAUUAAAACAAGCGAAGAGAGUGUAACAAAUGAAAAUGAACAAGUACAGAAAAUUAUGGAUGAUAGUGAUAUUAAAAUUACUGAUAUCACAGAGAACACGACAGUUGAAUUAUCAGAAGACAAACCAAUCAAAAUUGAAAAGGUUAUGAAACGAAGAAAAAGGAUAGAAGAUAUAAGAAAACGUGAAGAUGAGGGAGAAGAAGAGAUAAUCACAAAAGAAACGAAAAUAAUAAAAAUGAACACCGUAAAACGAUCGAGCACUGGAGAAGAAAUUAUUCCUGAAGAAACAACAUAUGAAUUCAAUGUAGAAAAGUAUCCAGCUAUAUCCCCAACUCUUUUGAAAACAUCAGCAACUUUAAAUGAAACAAUUGCUCAGCAAGAAACUGUAGAGCUAUCAACAGACAUUAAUAAUUUACCGGAAAAAGCUAAGAUUAGAAUAACGACUAGAAGUGCCGCGGAAAGUAUAAUAACAAAAGGCGAAGAGAAAGAAGAAACACAAAAAGAAACAUUAGAAAUAAAAAAACAUAAAGCAAAUUCAUCUCUUGAAUUUAAUGAAAGUUUUUCUACAGAUCAACCUGACGCUCAAUCGCCCCUUGAAGAAAUUUCAAAAACAUUUGAAUUCAUACCAUGUUUGGCGGUAAAAGAUAUUAUACCUAAAGAAAGUAUAACAAUUAGUGAAAUUUACCCAGAUCAAAGCCUUGGAAAAGGAACUGAUUCCAAACCAAAAAAUAUGGAAGCUAAGGUUACUGUAUUAACACAUUUUCAAAAAGUAGUCACAGAAUCAAUUUCCUCUACAAAGGAAGGUGAAAUGAAACAAGAAUUUAUACCACAGAAAAAAAAAGCUACACAAGAUUAUGUUGAACACGAAAGUAUUAAUGUUGUGGAAGUAAAUGAAGCUCAUACCGAAAGUCAAUUACAAGAUGAUUUUAAACCAACACUAGUGAAAUCGUCGGUUGAGUAUCCAUUGAACGAACAGUUAAUUGUCAGUGAAUUACAUUCAGAAAUUCAACCCGAAAAUUACUAUCCAGAAAUAAUUGUACCCACUGAAGUCGCUAAACAAUUAAUAGUACCAUCAAAUAAUGCUAUAACGGCAUUCCAAGUACAAUCUUCAGAAAAAGAAGCAAAAUAUAACCGUUCAAAACCACCCAAUGAGUAUAAAGCAGAUAUUUCGAUUAUUCCUGAAAAAUAUAUUGAAGUCAGUGAGUCCAACAUACAAGAAAAAGAAACGAAAUUAGAAAAAGAAAAAAUGCCAGAGAAGUCAUUCGCGAUUUCUGAUAUAAUCACACAAUCGAGUAUAAUUGUAAAUUCAGUUAAUCAAGAAGAAACUGAAGAAAAAUUUAAUACUCAUUUACCUCAAUCACAUACUGCAAAAUUAAUAAUAAACAAUGCAAAUAAAGUAUGUAGCUCGUCAGUAAUAGAAAUUAAUGAAGCAGAAUCUGAUUUAAACAUUUCGGUAGUGCCAGAAAAGAAACAAAUUGAAAGUUCAAUAUUUGGCUUAGAAGUAACUGAGAUUAUACCAAAAGAGAUUGAAUCGAAUUUUACAUCACAAUCAGCAUUAGAAAUACUACCAGAUACUAGUUUUACUGAAAAUAAUUCAUGCAUAGUUACUGAAACUACAGCAGGUGAUUAUUCAACAGAUUUAUUAACAAAUUUAAAUUACAAAACAUUUGAAGCCAAGCCUACAUUUGAAGAAUUAGAAGCCAAACAAAUAUCUCAGAUUAAUUUACACGAGAAUAACGUUCCAUUAGAUGAAAUUUCUAAGCCUGUUCAGGUUAAAUUGGAAACAAGUUUUUCUCCAAUUCAAAGUGUAACUGUAGAACAAACUGUUGCGGCAGAACAAGAACAAUUAUUGUCAUUAGAAGUACAACAAGAGUUACACAAUUCCGUAAGCGUUCCAUCACAUUCUCUACAAGCUGUAGUCGUUGAAGAAAUUACACCAGAGAACUGUGUUACACAGUUAGAAAACACGUUUAAAGAUACUAAUCAACAUGGAUCAAGAAUUGCCCAAAUUAAUUUUGUAGACGACCAAUGUGUUAUUGUGAAGGAAGUUUCAGCUUAUGAGUCUGAAACUAAUUUAUCGAUUGAUAUUCAACCUGAAAAUGUAAAGGCUAUACCAGUAUUUACUGGCCAUGAUGUGGCUGAGACAAUAGAAGUUAUUUCAAAUGAUGCCGUUGAAAAAUUAAAUAUACAAAAAUAUAAAAAUAAUAAUGCAAAAUUAAAACACGUACCCUACGAAGCAAUUAUGUCAGAAAUCACAUCCGUAAAUGAAUUAGAAGACAUUUUAAUAGAUAAAGAAAAGAAACAGCUAAAAAAUGUAAAUAUUACAAUCGAUGAAGUUAUUGGUGUAAAUAUUACAGAACAGCCUGUUUAUGAAAAAGAAAAAACGUCGCUAGAUCAAAAUGUUUUUAAAAGUAAAAAGGCUAUUACUGAAUUUGUUCCGAUAGAGAUUGCUGAUCACUCAGAAAUUGUUACUGGAGAUUAUACUUUGGAUUUGAUACAACCAGAAGUUUCUGAAUUGCAUGCACAUCGUCAACCUGGAACAUUUGAAAGUGUAAUUUUGUACGAAACUAAUAUAUCAGAAAAAGAACAAGUAAUGGUUGAAGAUAAAACUCCAUUAUUAUGCUCUGCAAAUAAAUCGUUGAUAGUAGAUGAAGCAUUAGAAAUCACAGAAAUAAUUGCUGACAAUAGGCCAGAAGAUAUUUUUACUUCAGUAUUGCCAGAAGAAAAAACAGCCAAAACAAACAUUAUUCCAUUUAAACCUAUUGAGGGUCAAGACAUAACAACUUGUGAAAAUGUUGAGAUAGUGAAAAAUAAAAGUCCGCUUACUGGAGUUGCCCAUACAUCCCAAGAACCGUAUCAUGGUUUAGAAACGAGCUUAAUAAUAUUAACAGAUUCAGAAAAUAAGAUGUCUGAUUUUGUGAUGCCAGAUACAAAAACAGCAGAAACUAAUUAUAGUGAAUUGGAUAUUCCAAUUAGUGUAGUUGAAAUUUUAACGCAAGAUAAAGAAGUAGACUUUAAAGCUCAAGAAGUUCCAUCAUAUACAUUGGACAAACAAGAAAUUAUCUUGGAAGAAUGUCGCGUUACAUCUGAAACGAUGGUAUGUAAUUCUACUAGUGAUUUUGAUGAAAUCAUACCACAAUCAGUUUAUGCUUUACCGUCUAAAAGCACUCAAAUGGCAAUUGAGUCACUAGAAACUGCCCAUCUUGAAAAAGAAGGAGAGUUGUUGGAUAAUUGUAUAUUUUCAGAGAAACGUGCGGAUUUAACAUAUGAAGAAGAAAAGAGUAUUCAAAUAACUGAACAAGUUAAACUCGAUACCAAGCAAGAAUUAGUAAUUGAAAGUAUACCUAAGGAUAGAAAAAGUAUUAUAUCAGUUACUGGACAAGAUAUUGCGGAAACGUUCGAGACUAAAAUAGAAAGUCCCGUUGAAGAAUUGAAAAUAGAAUUUCCAAAAGAAAAAUCAGCCAAGACUAUUCCAGCAAAUGAAGUUCAUAGCGUUGAAGUAUCUGAAAUAAUUACUCAAGAAACAGAAUCUUCAUUAGUUGAUAAUAAAAAUUACAACAUAAAGAAAGUAAAUGUUUUAGUUGAAAAUAAUUCAGGUACUUAUAUGGUCACUGAAAUAUUUCCCAAAGAAAAAGAAAUCAAACUUUUAGAAAAAUCUCAACCUAUUUAUCAUCAUGCUGAACAAGAUAUUUUAAUCCACGAAGGAUUGCAGGUUAAUGAAACAAAUAUUUCUAUUUGUGAAAAGGAGUUAAGUGAUUUAGAGUAUUCAACAAAAUUAGGUAAUCAAGUAAUAGAACCUCUAGAAAGUAUUGAAAUAUCCGAAAUAAAUGUUCAAGAACCCGAGUAUAAUUUACCUAAAUUAGUUCAUCCAAAGUUAGAAAAUGCAGUUCAUAGUUUAAAUGAAAAUGUAGGACUUAUUAUAAAUUCUACAGUCAUAAAUGAUAAAGAAAAUGAACUAAAAAUCGAUAAAUUAAACAAAAAAAAUGCAACGGAAGUUUCAAAUUUAAUUGAUUAUAAAGUUCCUCAAAAAUCUGAGAAAAAUACAUUGGAGUGUGUUGAACCUUUAAAAGAUAUUAAAGAAACUGUACAUCAAGCUUCAUCUGAACACAUAUUAUUGGAAGGUAUAAGUACAACUGUAGUCAAUUUACAAGAUAAUGAAAUUCCAUUUGAGGAAAUAACCAAAUUAACAGAAAAAUCUGCUACUCUAGAAUACGAAAUGGAACAAACAUUAGGUAUAACUGAGGUAUGUUUAGGAGAAUCGGAAACAGAUUUAAUUCCUCUUUCAUUACCAAGAAGCCACAUUGCAGUAAGUGAUAUGUCGGAAGCCCAACAAGUUGCAUCCAGUUUUGAAGUUCUUUCUCAAAACUCAACUCACAAUUUAAGUGAAAAUUCGUUACCAUCCGUCAUUUCAAUAAUUCCAAGGCCUAUAGAAACUCAUGGUGUUGAGGUGACCGAAACCUUGUAUCAAGAAAUUGAAACACCAUUUAAAUCUGUUGAAAACAUAUUAAAAACUUGCGAUCUUACAAUUCCAGUGGAUCAAAAUAUUGAGAUUACAGAAAUUGUAACGAAUGAAUCUGAAAAACCACUAAGUGUAUUUGAAAAAAAUCAAGGUUCAGAAGCAAAUAUAGUAUUUGAUGAAAAUCAGUCUGUCUCAAUUGAAGAAAUAGAAACUUCUGAUGAUGUUGCUCCUUUAACUAAAAAUGUGCUUAGACCAUCAAGUGCAACGAAACAGUUGGAACCACUAUUAGGACUCUUGAUAACUGAAGUAAGGCCAGAAGAGUAUGAAAUUCCACAUGAAUCACAAAUCCAACCAUCUUUAAAGCAUGUUUCACAAAUAUUGCCAGAAAAUCAAAGUUUGAAUGUGACAUCUGCUAUUAUAGUUGAAAAAGAAAGUAUAUUAAAUGAACCUAAGAAAGAAAUUCAACAAAAUGCUCAAGUUUCUUCGGUAUACAGUCCAAUGAAAGUUGUUCAAUCAGAAGAAAACUUUAUAGAAACAAGUUUAAUAGAUUUAAAAACUACUAAACCGAAUGAAAUAUUUUUAGAAUUAUCUCAAAUUCCUUAUGAUUCAAUUAGCCAAUUAGAAAUUAGUCCAUUAGAACAAGAAAGUGAAUUGAAUGUGCCUAUAGUUAAGAAGAAAGAAGUUGCAAAGAUAAAUAUAGAUACUAUAAAUAUACUCGACACAACAGAAAUUAUAACAGGUGAAAAAGAAUCCAUUUAUACUUCUUUAACAAAACCUAUUAAAAAGCAAGCUUUAAUCGAUAUAACUGAAAGUCAACCAGUAAGCAAAUCUUUUGAAGUAAAACCAGAAGAUAGUACGAGUGAACUACAAAUUCCAAAUGUUAUAAAAUGUAAAAUAUCACCAGCUCAGGAAGUUGUCCAUGGAGUUGUUACUGUUGAAAAUUUGGGUCAUGAAAGAGAGGAAAGAUUUGAAGGGGACUACAAACCUUCACUUUCUAAUGCUAACAUAAAUGUGGAAAAAGAAAAAGAGACAACAACUAUAACUGAAGUUAUAACUCAUGAAAUGGAAGGAACAGUUAAGAAUUUAGAUAUACCAUCUACUAAAAAUGCUCAAAUAGAAAUAACCUCUGGGCAAGAGAUUGCAGAAAAAAUAGAAAUAUUACCAAAUACUGCAUUAGGAUCAUUAAAAGAUUUUGUAACGAAAUCAUCAAUUGCACUUCCAAUACAAGAUACAUUUGAGAGUAUUCAAUCCACAAUAAUUAUACCAGAAGACAAAGAAAAACCAUUCCAUUCUAAUUUAGUCUACCAAAACUCUAAAGCUGACAUAAAUAUUGAAGAAUCAAAAAGCUUAAAUAUAACUGAAGUAAUUGUAGAAGAUAAAGAAGGAAAAUAUGUUUCUCCAGAAUUACCAACAACUAAAAAUGCUGGAAAAUCAAUUUUACCAAACGAAGCAGCAGAAGCUUCGAUAGUAUUAGCUGAUGAACAUUUAAGAUCAUUUGAUAAAUUUAAAAUAAAAGAAGAAUCAGCUAAUAUUGCACUCGAAACACAUUCAAAUAUAUAUCAAACUGAAACUACUAUACAAGAAAGUGAAAAAUAUAUUGAACCUGUAGAAACACUGUCGAAUAAAGCUGAACUUACAAUGAUACCUAAUAAUAGUUUAACAAUAACAGAAGUAAUAACUGAUGAUUAUGAUGAAAAAUUGCAUAUUAAAAAAGAACAAAAACCACAACAUCUUAUUACAUCAUUAUCAAAAUUGCAUGAAGUGCCACAAGUAUCAGAAACUAUUUCAUCAAUUGCUACUAGUAAUGUAUUUAUUCCUAUAAUCGAUACUGAUCACGCAUUGGUUUCACAAUCAGAACCAUAUGACUCAGCGAUAUCAACGGAAGUAAAUGUUCUAGAAAAAGAAAAGAUGUUUACACAAACCCCCAAAUUUGACAAAUAUAGAGCAGAGAUUAAAUUUAAUGAAGAUAAAUCAUUAAACGUCUUUGAAACAGUCUUAAACGACAAUGAAUUGUCAUUAGAAAUAAAUAAACCUUUAGAAAAACAGGCAUCAUUAACUCAAUCAACAUUUGAUGUUGCUACAAUAUCUGAACAUACAUUGGUUGAAUGUGAAAAAAAUCUGGAAUCAACAAUAGUACCGAAAGAACAAAUGGUGAAUAUAUCAUUCGAAAACAAUAUAAAUGUUCAAGUUUCUGAAGCAAAUGUUUUAGAAACAGAAAGUGAUUUCAAAACGCCAGUGAAAAAUACUGUAACAGCGAACAUUCCUGAAUUAACACCACAGCCGGUUGCAAAUGUUAUAGAAAUUAUAACUGGUAUGAAUGUUCAAGAUUUACCACAAUCCAGUCAACCUGAAUAUAACAUUGCAAGUACGACCCAUUCAACAUUUAAUAGCAUAUUACAAACAAAGUUUGAUGUGUCAGAAUCGGAAGGCAUAUUAGAAGAACCUAAGAGUCUAGAAGAAAAAGCAUUAGUAAAAACUGACACAUUAGAAAAUAUUACAACAACAGAAACUGAAAUAUCUGAAAAAGAGGGAACACUUGACGUACCGGAAAAAAUAGAUUUAAGGCAUGCCAAUAUUUCCUUAGAACAAGCAAAACCAAGUAUUUUAAUUUCGAAUGUGGUAAGUGAAGACAAAGAGUCUGAAUUCAAAGUAGCACCAACACGUAAAAGUUCAGUUGCAAAAAUAACUACGGAAAAAUUAAGAGCAAUCACUAAUAGUGAGCAAAAUGUUUCAGAAAAAGAAGGUACUUUAAAUAUACAAAAUCCAAAAGAUGAAACUGCGAGUGUGACAUAUGAAGAUGCUCAGUCUGGAAUUAUUAUCUCAAAUGUAGUACCAGAAUACAAAGAAGAAAAGUUAAAAAUUAAAAAUACAACAUAUUCAACUGACUUCAUGACAGAAAAUUUUGAAAGCUUAAUACAAAAUGAACAAAUAGUAAAUGAAAAAGAGCAGUUUUUGACAUCUGAAAUGACACCAGAAACAACAACAGCAUCAGUCUUGAUUGAAAAUUCUAAAAUAGGAGCUGUCGUUUCAGAAGUCAUGAGUAAUGAAAGCGAAUGUGAAAUGCAAGAAAGAAAAAUAAGGAAAACAUCAAAAGCAUUAAUAUCUACCGAAGAACUAAAACCAAUAAUAACAACAGAGGCACAAAUAUUAUUGAACACUGAAGAAAUGAAAAUACCUAGCACAAUUCCCGAAAAAACAGCCAAACUAAAAUUAGAAGAACUAAAGCAUGUAACAAUCCAAGAAUUAAUUCCAAACGAAACAGAAUUGAAUUUGAAAAAAAUUAAUCCAAUUCAAUACAAUAUAAAUCCAACAUUUUUAGAACUAUUACCUUUGGAAACAAUUCAAACAGAGUCAGAGACAAAACCAAUACCAUCCGAAGAUCAAAAGAUAAUUAAAUACAAUGCAAAAAAAGGUGAACCCCAAUUAAAUAAUAGUAUAAAAGUCAACGAAGAGAUAUUAUUAGAAACUGCUGAUAACAUAAAACAAGAAUCAAUAGACGAACAAAGAGCAUCAAUCACUGACCUACCAUUGAGCACAGAUGACAUAUUGCCAGCACUACAUGGAGAACAAAUAAAAUCUACGGAGACACAAAACAUAAUAAAAUACACACAACGAAACACAAUUGACCAUGAUGAGACACCAUCAGUCGAUAUUAAAACUAAAACUGUGAUCGAGGGUGGUAAGACGAAAGUAACUAAAAAGAAAACAAUCAAAACCGUGAAAGACGGUGUUGAGAAUGUUGAGGUCAUAGAAUCUAAACCAGAAAUUACCGAGAUUGUUGAUGAGGAGACUAAACCAUUGCCCGAAAUCGAAGAGUUGAAACCUGAAGAGGCUACUCUUAUCCCUGACGAAGCUACGUCAAUCGAUAUUAAAACUACAACUGUGAUCGAGGGUGGUAAGAAGAAGGUAACUAAAAAGAAAACAAUUAAAACCGUGAAAGACGGUGUUGAGAAUGUUGAGGUCAUAGAAUCUAAACCAGAAAUUACCGAGAUUGUUGAUGAGGAGACUAAACCAUUGCCCGAAAUAGAAGAGUUGAAACCUGAAGAGGCUACUCUUAUCCCUGACGAAGCUACGUCAAUCGAUAUUAAAACUACAACUGUGAUCGAGGGUGGUAAGAAGAAGGUAACUAAAAAGAAAACAAUCAAAACCGUGAAAGACGGUGUUGAGAAUGUUGAGGUCAUAGAAUCUAAACCAGAAAUUACCGAGAUUGUUGAUGAGGAGACUAAACCAUUGCCCGAAAUAGAAGAGUUGAAACCUGAAGAGGCUACUCUUAUCCCUGACGAAGCUACGUCAAUCGAUAUUAAAACUACAACUGUGAUCGAGGGUGGUAAGAAAAAGGUAACUAAAAAGAAAACAAUUAAAACCGUGAAAGACGGUGUUGAGAAUGUUGAGGUCAUAGAAUCUAAACCAGAAAUUACCGAGAUUGUUGAUGAGGAGACUAAACCAUUGCCCGAAAUCGAAGAGUUGAAACCUGAAGAGGCUACUCUUAUCCCUGACGAAGCUACGUCAAUCGAUAUUAAAACUACAACUGUGAUCGAGGGUGGUAAGAAGAAGGUAACUAAAAAGAAAACAAUUAAAACCGUGAAAGACGGUGUUGAGAAUGUUGAGGUCAUAGAAUCUAAACCAGAAAUUACCGAGAUUGUUGAUGAGGAUACUAAACCAUUGCCCGAAAUAGAAGAGUUGAAACCUGAAGAGGCUACUCUUAUCCCUGACGAAGCGAAGUCAAUCGAUAUUAAAACUACAACUGUGAUCGAGGGUGGUAAGAAGAAGGUAACUAAAAAGAAAACAAUCAAAACCGUGAAAGACGGUGUUGAGAAUGUUGAGGUCAUAGAAUCUAAACCAGAAAUUACCGAGAUUGUUGAUGAGGAGACUAAACCAUUGCCCGAAAUCGAAGAGUUGAAACCUGAAGAGGCUACUCUUAUCCCUGACGAAGCUACGUCAAUCGAUAUUAAAACUACAACUGUGAUCGAGGGUGGUAAGAAGAAGGUAACUAAAAAGAAAACAAUCAAAACCGUGAAAGACGGUGUUGAGAAUGUUGAGGUCAUAGAAUCUAAACCAGAAAUUACCGAGAUUGUUGAUGAGGAGACUAAACCAUUGCCCGAAAUAGAAGAGUUGAAACCUGAAGAGGCUACUCUUAUCCCUGACGAAGCUACGUCAAUCGAUAUUAAAACUACAACUGUGAUCGAGGGUGGUAAGAAGAAGUUAACUAAAAAGAAAACAAUCAAAACCGUGAAAGACGGUGUUGAGAAUGUUGAGGUCAUAGAAUCUAAACCAGAAAUUACCGAGAUUGUUGAUGAGGAGACUAAACCAUUGCCCGAAAUCGAAGAGUUGAAACCUGAAGGGGCUACUCUUAUCCCUGACGAAGCUACGUCAAUCGAUAUUAAAACUACAACUGUGAUCGAGGGUGGUAAGAAGAAGGUAACUAAAAAGAAAACAAUCAAAACCGUGAAAGACGGUGUUGAGAAUGUUGAGGUCAUAGAAUCUAAACCAGAAAUUACCGAGAUUGUUGAUGAGGAUACUAAACCAUUGCCCGAAAUCGAAGAGUUGAAACCUGAAGAGGCUACUCUUAUUCCUGACGAAGCGACGUCCAUCGAUAUUAAAACUACAACUGUGAUCGAGGGUGGUAAGAAGAAGGUAACUAAAAAGAAAACAAUUAAAACCGUGAAAGACGGUGUUGAGAAUGUUGAGGUCAUAGAAUCUAAACCAGAAAUUACCGAGAUUGUUGAUGAGGAGACUAAACCAUUGCCCGAAAUAGAAGAGUUGAAACCUGAAGAGGCUACUCUUAUCCCUGACGAAGCUACGUCAAUCGAUAUUAAAACUACAACUGUGAUCGAGGGUGGUAAGAAAAAGGUAACUAAAAAGAAAACAAUUAAAACCGUGAAAGACGGUGUUGAGAAUGUUGAGGUCAUAGAAUCUAAACCAGAAAUUACCGAGAUUGUUGAUGAGGAGACUAAACCAUUGCCCGAAAUCGAAGAGUUGAAACCUGAAGAGGCUACUCUUAUCCCUGACGAAGCUACGUCAAUCGAUAUUAAAACUACAACUGUGAUCGAGGGUGGUAAGAAAAAGGUAACUAAAAAGAAAACAAUCAAAACCGUGAAAGACGGUGUUGAGAAUGUUGAGGUCAUAGAAUCUAAACCAGAAAUUACCGAGAUUGUUGAUGAGGAGACUAAACCAUUGCCCGAAAUAGAAGAGUUGAAACCUGAAGAGGCUACUCUUAUCCCUGACGAAGCUACGUCAAUCGAUAUUAAAACUACAACUGUGAUCGAGGGUGGUAAGAGGAAGGUAACUAAAAAGAAAACAAUCAAAACCGUGAAAGACGGUGUUGAGAAUGUUGAGGUCAUAGAAUCUAAACCAGAAAUUACCGAGAUUGUUGAUGAGGAGACUAAACCAUUGCCCGAAAUCGAAGAGUUGAAACCUGAAGAGGCUACUCUUAUCCCUGACGAAGCUACGUCAAUCGAUAUUAAAACUACAACUGUGAUCGAGGGUGGUAAGAAGAAGGUAACUAAAAAGAAAACAAUCAAAACCGUGAAAGACGGUGUUGAGAAUGUUGAGGUCAUAGAAUCUAAACCAGAAAUUACCGAGAUUGUUGAUGAGGAGACUAAACCAUUGCCCGAAAUCGAAGAGUUGAAACCUGAAGAGGCUACUCUUAUCCCUGACGAAGCGAAGUCAAUCGAUAUUAAAACUACAACUGUGAUCGAGGGUGGUAAGAAGAAGGUAACUAAAAAGAAAACAAUCAAAACCGUGAAAGACGGUGUUGAGAAUGUUGAGGUCAUAGAAUCUAAACCAGAAAUUACCGAGAUUGUUGAUGAGGAGACUAAACCAUUGCCCGAAAUCGAAGAGUUGAAACCUGAAGAGGCUACUCUUAUCCCUGACGAAGCUACGUCAAUCGAUAUUAAAACUACAACUGUGAUCGAGGGUGGUAAGAAGAAGGUAACUAAAAAGAAAACAAUCAAAACCGUGAAAGACGGUGUUGAGAAUGUUGAGGUCAUAGAAUCUAAACCAGAAAUUACCGAGAUUGUUGAUGAGGAGACUAAACCAUUGCCCGAAAUCGAAGAGUUGAAACCUGAAGAGGCUACUCUUAUCCCUGACGAAGCGAAGUCAAUCGAUAUUAAAACUACAACUGUGAUCGAGGGUGGUAAGAAGAAGGUAACUAAAAAGAAAACAAUCAAAACCGUGAAAGACGGUGUUGAGAAUGUUGAGGUCAUAGAAUCUAAACCAGAAAUUACCGAGAUUGUUGAUGAGGAGACUAAACCAUUGCCCGAAAUCGAAGAGUUGAAACCUGAAGAGGCUACUCUUAUCCCUGACGAAGCGAAGUCAAUCGAUAUUAAAACUACAACUGUGAUCGAGGGUGGUAAGAAGAAGGUAACUAAAAAGAAAACAAUUAAAACCGUGAAAGACGGUGUUGAGAAUGUUGAGGUCAUAGAAUCUAAACCAGAAAUUACCGAGAUUUUCGAUGAUACCAAUUCAUUAUUACAUCCCAAUUUGUAUGAUUUUGAGAAAACUACACAUAUUCCUGAUAUUCUUCAUCCUCAAAAAACCAUUACACCUUCACAACAUGACACUUCACACACAAACGAUUUUUCAUUACUAGAUGAUAUACAUUCUACAUCUCCGGUUAAUAUUACAGACAAAGACAUGUCAGAUGAUAUUGUGAGUGGUAAAUUAAAAGAAGAUAUUUCUGAGAAUAUUUCAGAAUCUACAUUUAAUCCUACAACAAAACCAACUUCUUUAAAUGAUGUAGAUAUAAAAGAGGCUUUUAUGACUUUAAAACCAAGGAAAAAAUUAUCAUUACCUGACGAAGAAGAAGUGGUUAGUGUAACUUAUAUUCCAAAACAAAUCAAACCUAAAGAAGAAAUUGAGCAAGAAUUUAGCAUUAAAGCUCAAACUUACGAAGAAGAAGAAAUUUCUAUGACAGGCAAUGUUAAAUUACAUCGAAAAUCAGUUAUUGAUUCUCCUAAACAAACAUUGACGAUUAAUUCAAUUGAAUAUAACCCAAGCAAUGAAGAUCAUAGUGAAAUAUUAAAUUCAAAUAAUUCAGAAAAUAUAGAUCAAUCUGAAAAGUUGGAACCUUUAAUCGAUAUAACUGAUAUACAAACAUCUCCUGAGGUUGUUCUUAAACAUCCAAAGAAAAAGGAAAAAAUACCACUAGAACCAACUGAACAAGAUUUUACCAUGAAAGAAACACCAAAAGAAGCACAAGAGAUUUCUGAAAUCGUUGAUGUAAAAGUCGAGCCUAAAAGAAAACCAUCAAUAAAGAAAGAAGAACCAGCUUAUGAGUUAACAAUUGAAAAAAUUGAAACCGUUGUAAAAGAAGAACAACCUUCAGAUGAGAUUGAAGUAAAAUUAAAACCAAAACGAAAAUCUUCUCUUAAAAAAGAAACUAAAGAAAAAUCUCCCGAGGAAACAUCGGUUGCUAUUAAACGUCCAAAGAAAAAAGUUGAAACUCCUAAAGAACAGGAAAUAACUGAAGAAGUUUUUACGAUAAAAGAAAUAAAAGAAACGCCUGAAGAAGUUCAGGAGAUAUCUGAAACAGUUGAUGUAAAAAUUGAACCUACAAGAAAACCAUCAAUAAAGAAAGAAGAAUCAGCAGAUGAGUUAACAAUAGAAAAAGUUGAAACCGUUGUAAAAGAAAAAGAAGAGCCUUCAGAGGAGGUAGAAGUAAAAUUAAAACCAAAACGAAAAUCUUCUCUUAAAAAAGAAACUAAAGAGAAAUCUCCCGAGGAAACUUUGGUUGCUAUUAAACGUCCAAAGCAAAAAGUUGAAACUCCUAAAGAACAGGAAGUAACUGAAGAAGUUUUUACGAUAAAAGAAAUAAAAGAAACGCCUGAAGAAGUUCAGGAGAUAUCUGAAACAGUUGAUGUAAAAAUUGAACCUACAAGAAAACCAUCAAUAAAGAAAGAAGAAUCAGCAGAUGAGUUAACAAUUGAAAAAGUUGAAACCGUUGUAAAAGAAAAAGAAGAGCCUUCAGAGGAGGUAGAAGUAAAAUUAAAACCAAAACGAAAAUCUUCUCUUAAAAAAGAAACUAAAGAGAAAUCUCCCGAGGAAACUUUGGUUGCUAUUAAACGUCCAAAGAAAAAAGUUGAAACUCCUAAAGAACAGGAAGUAACUGAAGAAGUUUUUACGAUAAAAGAAAUAAAAGAAACGCCUGAAGAAGUUCAGGAGAUAUCUGAAACAGUUGAUGUAAAAAUUGAACCUACAAGAAAACCAUCAAUAAAGAAAGAAGAAUCAGCAGAUGAGUUAACAAUUGAAAAAGUUGAAACCGUUGUAAAAGAAAAAGAAGAGCCUUCAGAGGAGGUAGAAGUAAAAUUAAAACCAAAACGAAAAUCUUCUCUUAAAAAAGAAACUAAAGAGAAAUCUCCCGAGGAAACUUUGGUUGCUAUUAAACGUCCAAAGAAAAAAGUUGAAACUCCUAAAGAACAGGAAGUAACUGAAGAAGUUUUUACGAUAAAAGAAAUAAAAGAAACGCCUGAAGAAGUUCAGGAGAUAUCUGAAACAGUUGAUGUAAAAAUUGAACCUACAAGAAAACCAUCAAUAAAGAAAGAAGAAUCAGCAGAUGAGUUAACAAUUGAAAAAGUUGAAACCGUUGUAAAAGAAGAAGAAGAGCCUUCAGAGGAGGUUGAAGUUAAAUUAAAACCAAAACGAAAAUCUUCUCUUAAAAAAGAAACUAAAGAGAAAUCUCCCGAGGAAACUUUGGUUGCUAUUAAACGUCCAAAGAAAAAAGUUGAAACUCCUAAAGAACAGGAAGUAACUGAAGAAGUUUUUACGAUAAAAGAAAUAAAAGAAACGCCUGAAGAAGUUCAGGAGAUAUCUGAAAGAGUUGAUGUAAAAAUUGAACCUACAAGAAAACCAUCAAUAAAGAAAGAAGAAUCAGCAGAUGAGCUAACAAUUGAAAAAGUUGAAACCGUUGUAAAAGAAGAAGAAGAGCCUUCAGAGGAGGUUGAAGUUAAAUUAAAACCAAAACGAAAAUCUUCUCUUAAAAAAGAAACUAAAGAGAAAUCUCCCGAGGAAGCUUCGGUUGUUCUUAAACGUCCAAAGAAAAAAGUUGAUAUUCCUCAAGAGCAAGAAGUAACUGAAGAAGUUUUUACAAUAAAAGAAAUAAAAGAAACACCCGAAGAAGUUCAGGAGAUAUCUGAAACGGUUGAUGUAAAAAUCGAACCUACAAGAAAACCAUCAAUAAAGAAAGAAGAAGCAGCAGAUGAGCUAACAAUUGAAAAAGUUGAAACCGUUGUAAAAGAAGAAGAAGAGCCUUCAGAGGAGGUUGAAGUUAAAUUAAAACCAAAACGAAAAUCUUCUCUUAAAAAAGAAACUAAAGAGAAAUCUCCCGAGGAAGCUUCGGUUGUUCUUAAACGUCCAAAGAAAAAAGUUGAUAUUCCUCAAGAUCAAGAAGUAAGUGAAGAAGUUUUUACGAUAAAAGAAAUAAAAGAAACACCCGAAGAAGUUCAGGAGAUAUCUGAAACGGUUGAUGUAAAAAUCGAACCUAAAAGAAAACCAUCAAUAAAGAAAGAAGAAGCAGCAGAUGAGCUAACAAUUGAAAAAGUUGAAACCGUUAUAAAAGAAGAAGAAGAGCCUUCAGAGGAGGUUGAAGUUAAAUUAAAACCAAAACGAAAAUCUUCUCUUAAAAAAGAAACUAAAGAGAAAUCUCCCGAGGAAGCUUCGGUUGUUCUUAAACGUCCAAAGAAAAAAGUUGAUAUUUCUCAAGAUCAAGAAGUAAGUGAAGAAGUUUUUACAAUAAAAGAAAUAAAAGAAACGCCCGAAGAAGUUCAGGAGAUAUCUGAAACGGUUGAUGCAAAAAUCGAAACUAAAAGAAAACCAUCAAUAAAGAAAGAAGAAGCAGCAGAUGAGCUAACAAUUGAAAAAGUUGAAACCGUUGUAAAAGAAGAAGAAGAGCCUUCAGAGGAGAUUGAAGUAAAAUUAAAACCAAAACGAAAAUCUUCUCUUAAAAAGGAAACUAAAGAAAAAUCUCCUGAGGAAGCUUCGGUUGUUCUUAAACGUCCAAAGAAAAAAGUGGAAGCUCCUCAAGAACAAGAAGCUGCUGAAGAAGUUUUUACCGUUAUGAAAACAGUUGAGAGACCUUUGAUUUUGAAUGAUGAGUUCUCUGAAACUGUAGAAUUUAAUUUGCAACCUAAACAAAGUUUAUCAGCUUAUAAUGUGGAGGAAGGAACUGAGGAAUCAUUUAAAAUAGAUUUAAAACCCAAGAAGGAGUUGCAAGAUAUAAUUAUUUACGAAGAAGAGUCAUUAGAUUUUAAGGUUAAGCGAAAGCCUUCAAUACAGUCUUUUGGCCAAGAUGGAGCCGAGUUGAAAAUAAUACAAGAAAAAGACAUAUUUUUGAAGGAUAAUUCCAUUGUUCAAGAAGAUAGUCAUGACGGUGAAAUCAUGUUUGCAAUCCGCUCGUAUAUUGCUGAAAAUGAAGAUGCUUUAGACUUAGUUGAAGGAGAAAAAGUUUAUGUUAUUGAAAGCAAUAAUCAAGAAUGGUGGUUUGUUAAAAAACAUUUAACGGAAGAAAAAGGAUGGGUUCCAUCUAUUUAUUUAAGGGAUGAAACUAGCUACAUGCGUUACGUGCAAAAGAAAUUACAUGAAAAGAUUGAUAAACUACCAAUUUUCCAAAGACAUGCUUCAAAUGAAAAACCUUCAGCUCCACGUUUUAUCGAAAAACUUCAACCUAAGCAUGUGCCUGAUGGUGGUACAGUUCAGUUUGAAUGUCAUGUAGAAGGAAAUCCUAGACCACAAAUUACAUGGUUUAGACAAACUGCAAUAAUUAAACCCUCUCAAGAUUUCCAAAUAUUCUAUGAUGAAGACAAUGUUGCCACAUUAAUAAUUAGAGAAGUUUUUCCUGAAGAUGCGGGUACAUUUACUUGUGUUGCUAAAAACGUAGCUGGGUUUGCAUCUAGUACUACAGAAUUAACCGUUGAAGCACCAUUGUCAGACCAUGGCUCUGAUGUAACAGGUCUUUCUAGAAAGAGCAUGUCUAGAGAAUCAUCAUUAGCUGAUAUACUAGAAGGUAUACCUCCAACAUUUUCACGUAAACCAAAAGCCACGUGUACAACAGAGCAUUCAGAUGUUACAAUCGAAUGUCGUCUUGUAGCUGUGCCAGAGCCAGACAUAUUCUGGCAUUAUAAUGGUAGAGAAAUUUCGAUCACCGAUUCCAUAAAAGUGAAUACAUACUCAGAUAUGCACUUCUAUGUGAGCAGCAUUAAAAUUAAUGACGUCCAAAAGAAUCAAGAAGGUAUAUACUCUGUAAUAGCAAGAAACAGAGAAGGUGAGGCCAAAAUGGAUUUAGUGCUCAAAGUUAAAACUGGAUUACCAGAGAAACCACAAAUACUUGAACCUCUUUACGACAUAACUAUAAAUGAGGGAGAAACUGCAGUGUUAAGUACCCAAAUUAGUGGAGAGCCACAGCCUAUAGUUGAAUGGCUAAAAAAUAGUAAGAAAAUAACAGAUAUCAAAACUGUUGUGACCAAAGAUGGUGUACAUUCAUUAACCAUCAACAACCCAACUCCCCGUGAUUCUGCAAAAUACACUGUAAUCGCUUCAAACAAACUUGGUAAUGCACAAACUACAUGUUUCCUGGCAGUUGAAGAACUCCCAGGUCCACAAGCGCCGUUGUUUAUUGAACGUUUCCAAGAACAAACCGUCAAAGAAAAAGGAACUAUUACGUUGAUUGCUAAGGUAACCGGAAACCCAGUUCCAAUAGUAUCUUGGUUCAGAAAUAAUAAACCAUUACUAGCUUCGUCUAAGAAAAAGGAAGUAUUUGAUGGUGAAAAUAUAGUUUUGGAAAUCGUCAAUGCUGAUAGUGAAGAAGACGCCGGUGAUUACAAAUGUGUAGCAUCAAACACAUUUGGCACCGCCACACAUGGUGCCAGGGUCUCAGUUGAUGUACCACAAGUGAAAUUCACGCGACCAUUGACAGACUUAGAAGUUGAUGAAAAACAAUCAAUUUAUUUGGAAUGUGAAACAUCACACACGGUUUCUACAAAAUGGCAAUUGAAUGGCAAAGACCUCACUGGUAUGGACCACCGAGAAUUGCACCAAGAAGGACGAUUCCAUCGAUUAAUUAUCAAAAAAUCGAGCAUUCUUGAUUCCGGAAAAUACACUUGUUUGGUUAAAGAUCAAAUUACUUCCUGUACAGUAGUAGUUCACGAUGUAAAGGCAGAAUUUGUUAAGAAACUUGAAGAUGUAGAAGUAAAAGAGAACGAUUGUGCAAUAUUGGAAGUAGAAGUUUCUUCGGAAACUGUGAAUGUUACUUGGCACAAGAACGGUGAAAUGCUUACGGACGGUAUGAAAAAUAAAAUAUUCUUUGAAAAAGACGGCCAAACACGUAAGCUAAUUAUUCGAAGCAUAUCUGUUCACGAUGACGGCGAAUAUACAUGUUCGUUAGGUGAACAAGAAUGUACAGCAGAAAUAAAUGUUAUAGAACUUGCACCACAAAUAAUAAAAAAACUAAAAGAUCAAAAAGUGGCCACAGGUGAACAAGUUUUAUUUGAAAUAGAAUUAACUAAAGGAGAUGCUUUAGUUAAAUGGACAAAAGAUGGCAAAGAAUUACACUUAAAUAACAAUGUAAGAUUAACCAUUGAUGGCAAACGACAGAAAUUAGAAAUAGUCAAAGCUACAAAAACUGAUACUGGAGUUUAUGGAUGUCAAGUUCAUGAACAAACUUGUACAGCAAAAUUAAUCGUCGAAGAACCAAGAGCCAGUUUUGUGAAAAAAUUACCUGAUAUCACACUCGCCGUUCAAGGUAGUGAUAUUAAACUAACAGUUGAGCUUUCUAAACCGGAUGUACCAGUAAAAUGGCUAAGAUCAGGUAAAGUGAUCAAAGAAUCUGACAAAUAUCAAAUAAUUUCUGAAGGAGCCGUCCACACUUUGGUUAUUAAAAAACCUACUACUGAUGACGAAGCCGAAUAUAUUUGUACUGCUGUUAAUGUAAAAACAUCAACAAAAUUAAAAGUUGAAGUUAAAGAAGAACCGCCGAAAAUAAAUAAUCUUCCAAAAGAAUAUCGUUUGAAAAAUGGCGAAGAUCUAAACGUGAAUGUAACAUUUACGUCAUCUACGUUGCCCUCAGUAGAAUGGUUUAUCAAUGGGAGUGUCCUAAUAAAAUCAAAUAGAGUGUCCUAUUCGAUUAGCGAAUCAUCAGCGAGUUUAACAAUAACGAAGAUCGAAGAGGUAGACACAGGUGUCCUUACGUUAAAAUUAAAAAAUGUUUACGGCGAAACCACAGCAGAUAUAGACAUAAUUGUUAUCAAAGUACCCGGCGAACCGGGAGUUCCGGACGUUAUAGAAGUCACAGACACUUCUGUCACACUUCAUUGGAAACCUCCACAAUUUGAUGGAAAUUCACCAAUUGAAGGUUAUGUUGUUGAAUAUCAUGACAAAGAUGAAUUUAUGGUGUGGCAUAAAGUACAAGUAACAGAUACCACUCACGAAGUCAUAAAUUUAGUAACUGGACAUGAAGUAAUGUUCAGAGUGGCAGCAAUAAAUUGUGCUGGAAUAGGACCUGCAUCACAUAAUACGAAAUAUGUUAAGAUGGCAAGUCCUGGGUCAUUUACUCCACCUGUCAUUCAGGAACCCUUAUCUGAUUUAUCAAUUGGAAUGGGUAAAUCGGCAGUCCUUCAGUGUGUAAUAACUGGAAAACCUACUCCAGAUAUUAAAUGGCUUAAAAACAAAACCGUAUACAAAUCAAAGACUACCUCCUUUGAAAAUCAUGUGGCUAAGUUGACAAUCACCGAGUGCAACGAAUCUACAACAGGCACUUACACGUGUCAAGCUACCAACGGAGCUGGCACUGCACAAACAUCGUGCAAACUCAGCGUACAAGACGUACCUAAAAUUGAAGUUCACGAAUCAGAGACUUCACAAAUGAUUAGAGUACGAAAUCAAUGGAAGGUCAAGGCUGCAUACAAGGGUUAUCCGAAGCCAACGGUUUCAUGGCAGAAGAACAGCCUGCCAUUGCCGACGGCUGAUAAACACAUAAGCGUGUACGACGAUGAAGACGAAUGGUCAUCGACAAUAGCUAUUUAUUCGGCGGAGAGACCCGACACUGGCGUAUAUACAAUAACCGCAUCAAACUCGGCUGGUACGGCCACGUGCAAUCUGAACCUCAAAGUUAUCGAGCCAGAUAAGGACGAUAAACCAAGCGCGCCACAAGGUCCGAUGCGCAUCAAAGAAAUCAACUCGGACUCAGUGACAAUCGAAUGGAACAAACCAUCUGACGACGGUGGGUUGGACAUAUCGUCAUACCAGAUUGAAAGAUGCAACGUAGGCAAGAUGAUCUGGUCUAAGGUGGCCGACGUAGAUCAUGAAGUAUCAGCAUACAGCGUGCAAAAGCUACAUGAAGACGCCGAGUACAUGUUUAGGGUUUGCGCUCAAAACGCUAUUGGAGCAUCUGACUUCUUAGACAGUGAACCUGUUACUGUUAAGUGUCGAUACCAUAAACCGUCAGCACCACAAGGCCCAUUGCAGAUCACAGGUGUGACGGAUACAUCUUUGACAAUCGCUUGGUUACCACCGUUCGAUAAUGGUGGAAUAGCAAUCGAGGACUAUUGUGUGGAAAUCAAGGAGGUAGACAAAAAAGCUUGGAGAAAGAUUAGUUCCACGAAAGACUUACACUUAAAAGUAUCAGACUUGAAGAAGGGGUCGUCUUAUGACAUCAGGAUUACCGCUAGGAAUCACGUAGGCUACGGGAAACCGUAUCAACCAGACGAACCGAUUGUAGCCGGCAAGCGCAUAAGCUUUAGAAAUGGAAUAUCCGAUGAAACACUAUACGUACUUAUGGGAAUAUUCCCAACCAAACCAAGAGCUUCCGCUUCGCCAUCCCCGCCCACGGAAUUCACUGUGAGUGAUAUUACCAGCAAAACCGUUACAUUACAUUGGGGACUACCAGAAAGUAAUGGUGGAUCUGAGAUCACAGGUUAUGUGAUUGAAAAACAACUGAACACGACGAACAAAUGGUUCAAAGUAGCUACGCUAGAACCAACUGUAAUGAAAUAUUGUGUAGAAAACUUGAAAGAAAAAUCGGAAUAUUACUUCAAGAUUUAUGCAGAAAAUUGCAUCGGCCUAAGUCAACCAGUUGAAACGAAAUUAGUCAGUCUGUUAACCCAUGCCACCGUACCGUCGCCUCCAACCGCUCCGCUUGAAGUUCGAAAUCUGAGUACUAACGCAGUAAUUGUAGAAUGGGGUGUACCGGAAACGGACGGCGGUGCGCCGUUGCUGGGUUAUAACAUAGCAAUUCGGGACGAGAAGAAAACUAUGUGGAUGGAAGUUGGUCGGGUGGACGCGGAUGUACAAAAGUUCAAUAUCAAAGAUUUACAGGAGAACCAUAGGUAUCACAUUAGGAUAUUGGCUAAAAACGAAGUUGGCGUCAGUGAGCCACUAGAAACAGAAGAACCGUACACCGUGCAAAAACCAACAGAUUAUUACGAGUCAGACGUUGAAGAAUCGGUCAUGGAGUCCAAACCGUCUCUGACACAAACGUCGGAAACCACUACUUCAUGGCUCAGAGACAACAAUAUGGACGCUGACAUAUCGUCUUAUUCGAAUGCUGCGUUGUUGAAGAGGAGUGAAUACUUCUUCCGCAUUUGGUAUUACGCGAGAACAUUAUUCAAAUAAUAGACAAGCAUCGUUGUUAUUUUUAUUUUAAUUAUUAAUAUUAUUACCUAUUUUUAUUAUUACCUAUUAUCCUUUAUUAUUACCUAUUUUUAUUGUCAAACUAACGCCAAUAUACGAAUGAGGUGAAAAUAUUUUCUAUCGACGUUCCCUGAGUCGAGACGAAACGUUCUCACCAAUUUCUAUGUUCUUGUUUUUGUUUUUUUUUUUUUUUUAAAUGAUUGUGAUAAAAAAAUUUCUUUUUAAUUUUAGUUUAAUAAUU